GCCAGAGGGAGGAGGCUGCGGCCUGCCAGCUGCUGGGGGAGACCUGCAGUACGAUCAGGACUGACACACCCGGAGAGCCCACUGUGUAUGUAUAUAUGGAGAAUAAAAUGCAUUGAGGAACAUUGCCAUAGUCACUAAUAGGAGACCUGCCAUGGGAAAUGGCUAUAAACACUCACAGUGGGACUUCUAUUAAUGCUUAAUGCUGGAUAACACAUUUUAUAUUAUAGGAUUAUUUACUAACAGGGAGAAUUCAAAAUUAAUCCAAAGAGAAUUUCAAAUUUAAGGCCAAAGUGGAAACAUAUGUGACAGAGAUUUUUUACAAUUCAGCUGUUUUUACCUUGAAUUUGAACAUCACUUUCCAUUCUUACCUUAGUGUAAAACCCUAAGAUAUACACACACUCAGAUACACACACUCAGAUACACACUGACAUACACAUUGGCACAUACACACAGAUACACACUGACAAACACAUUGGCACAUACACACAGAUACACACUGACAAACACAUUGGCACAUACACACAGAUACACACACACUGGCACAUAGACACAGAGAUACCCACACACUCAGAUACACACUGGCAAAUAGGCAGAGGCUGCUCUAGACUUUACGAGGCCUUAGGCGAAACCCAAACAUGAGGCCCCACUAACAAAAGUGUCACAUAUACACAUUGAUGCAGUUUACCUGUGUAUGUGCCUAAGUGUGUCUGACAGAGAGUAUCCUUGUGUGUAAAUGUAUGUCUCUGUGAGCAUGUUUGCGUUUUUUGUCCGAGACCCUAUGUGUAUGGGGUAGCUGCUUGAAGUGUGUUGUGUGUAUGGGGGGGGGGUGAUGGUGAGAGGGAGAGGCGGGUGAUGGUGAGGAGGGGGGUAUGGAUGGCAGGAUAGGAGGAUGGGGAGGGGUGGGUGAUGGGAGAGGGGGUGAUGGUGAGAGGGAGAGGGAGGACGGAGAGGGAGGGGGGGGUGGAUGGAGAAGGCAGAGAGGGAGGAUGCGGAGAAGGGAGGGGGUGAUGAGAGGGAGGGGGGUGGAUGAGUAGGGGGCUGAGGGGGCGGGGGAUGUGGAGAAGGAGGGGGGAUGGAUGGAGCCGGAUGGGGGUCAUGGAGAAGGAUGGGGUCAGCGUGGAGAAUAAGAGGGUGAAGAUGGAGAAGGAUGGGGAUGAUGCGGAGAAGGAGGGGGUGAAGCCUUGAGAAGAGUGGGGCAUGGCUGAGGGAAGGGUGGUUGGGGUGAUGCCGAGGAGGGCUGGUGGAUGCUUAGGGUGGGUGAUGGUGAGGGAGGGUGAUGCUGAGGCCGGUGAUGGCGAGGGGGUGGGAUGCUGGUGAGGUGGAAGAUGCUGCUUAUAAGGGAAAAGGGGAGCUGAGGCUGAGGGUGGUGGGGGUGAGGGCUGAGGGCGGUGGGGGAAGUGGUGAGGCUGGGAGGGGUGAGGUAAGUGAAACUGAGGGUGGUGGGGGUGGGGCGUGAUGCUGAGGGUGGUGGGGUGGUGAGGCAUUGAGGGGUGGUGGGGGCGGAUGGUGAGGGUAGUGUGUAAGUGGCGGAGUGGCUGAGAGUGGUGGGGGUGUGAUGCUGAGGGAGCGUGGGGUGAGGCUGAAGGUGGUGGGGGGUUGAUGCGGCUGAGGGUGGUGGGGGUGGUGAUGCUGAGGGUUGUGUGGGGAGGAGAGGCUGAGGGUUGUGUGGGGAGGAGAGGCUGAGAGUGGUGAGGCUGAGGGUGGUGGGGGUGGUGAGGCUGAGGGUGGUGGGGGGUGAGGCUGAGGGUGGUGGGGGGGUGAGGCCGAGGGUGAGAAGGGGUGAGAGAGAACCUACCUUUUCUUCCCUGGUGGUCCAGUGGGCUCCCUGGUGGUCCGGUGUAAUCUCGCAAGGCCAUCAGAGCGUUGCCGUGGUAACCCGCAGCAACUCUCUGAUUGGGCAGUUCACGCGAGACACAUGGUCUGCAGCUAUGCUCACUGCGAAGCUGCAGACUGGUGUCUGCGGUGGCUGGCUGGGCAGCCAGGAGGGGCCUCGCAUCCGGCGGCAUACCGGGCAAGCCGCCGGGUCCCCUCCUGGUGUCAGGUCUUCUGUCACUGACCAAGGACCUGACACAGUCUACCCACAGGCCGUUUAGGCGGCCGCGAGGCCCCAGCCAGCGCGAGGCCGUAGGCGGCUGCCUAAACCACCUAAUUAGAGAGCUGCCUCUGCACAUAGGCACAAAGAUACACACACUGGCACAUACACACAGAUAAACAAACACAUUGGCACAUACACACAGACCCACACUGGCUUACAGACCCACACUGGCACAUACACACAUCCUUAUAUACACACACACAUAUACACACUGACAAACACAUUUGCACAUACACACAAAUACACACACUGGCACAUAGGCACACAGAUACACACACUGGCACAUACACACACAGAUACACACCUACAGUGGCACAUAAACACACACACUGACACACAGAUACACACCCACUGGCACAUAUACUGGCACACUCAGAUACACACACUAACAGAUACACAUACACACACUGGCACAUAAACUGGCACAUUCAGAUACACACCCGAACAGAUACACUGACAGAUACACACAAUGGGACAUUUAGAUACACACACUAACAAAUACACUGACACAUAGAUACACAUACACUCAGAUACAGACACUGACACACAGAUACACACACUGGCACAUACACACUUAGAUACACACACUGACAGAUACACUGAAACACAGAUACAUACUGGCACAUACACACUGACACACAGAUACACACACUGACAGAUACACUGAAACACAGAUACAUACUGGCACAUACACACACUGACACACAGAUACACACAGUGACUCAUAGAUACACACACACACACACCCAGAUACAUACACACACAGGUCAUUAUGUUUAUAUGUGCAGUCAUCCUCCUGUUAGUGAGUGCUGCAGACUGCUGGCUGAAGCUGGUGUGCUGCUGGCUGCUGCUUACUUUCACUGUCCCGCUCGGCAUGCUCUCUGUCUGGGAGGAAAUGACAGGCUGUCACUUCCUCCCAACAUCCGAUACCACAGGGGCCCGGUCGCGGUCUUAAACGGCCAUGGCGCCUGACCGGGCCCUUGUUCAGCGAUUCUAAUGGGGUGGCCCUAAUAGUUUGGCCCCCCGAUAGGCAAAUCUCUGCGGAACCCCAAUUUUGUUUUCGAUAAACUCUAGGGUUCCGUGGAACACCAAUUGGGAAACACUGGUGUAAAGGCACACAUGGCCAAAGAUAAUCUUAGAAAUGUUUAAGUAUAAGGUUGAUUUAGGUUACAGAUAGGCUAAUUUCAGAGUAAGAGUGCAUAGGGUGUUUAGAUGAUUAAAAGCUUGAGAGGGGUUAUAGUUGUACUAUACGGAAUGUAAGGAUUAUUGGGUUUAGGGUUAGAGUGGGUGAAAUUUAGUAUGGGGUACAGGAGGUGUUUAGUUUUUAAAGGGACAUGUAUUACCUAGCAAUUUAUUUUUUUUUUAAAUCAGCAAGCAAACAUUUUUAAACAAAUAUACAAACCAAAAUAAAAUAAGAAACACUUUGAAAAGUAUGUAAAAGUGUAUAAACUUGGUCUAAAAAGGCAAUAUUUACAGCAAAAAGGCUGCAGGGACUGAAUAUACUCACCAGAACAACUACAUUAAGCUGUUGUUGUUCUUGUGACUAUGGUAUCCCUUUAACUCCACCCAGCUGGUUAGAUCUGUGUCCACCUGAGUUGCUGUUGAAAGCACUAAAAAGAAGUAGGUAAUAUCAAAAAAUGAUUCACCAAAUUUUUUUUAGCAUGCAGAGUAAGGUCACAGCUAAAGCUUUUGAAAGAGACUGUUGUCUCAAAUUGGUGCAUGUCCCUCUAAGACACUGUCCUGUGUCUUCUGUAGUCCAGAAUCCCAAACCCAGCAAGAGUGAGGGGUUCCAGACUGGUAAAUUAAUUGAAAAUUCAAUAAUAAGUAAAAAUAAAAAAAAAUAAAAAAAUAAAAGAGCUAAUCAAUAUAUCUACAGUAGCUUGGUAGGAUAAACAACCACAGACCCUCCAGGGAACUAGUUAAGGACAGUAUAGUUAGUAUCCAAAUAUGAAGAAAAACGUUAUUAUGGUACAUAAAAAUAAAACAAAACACGAUACAAUUGCACAAAAUGGGGGUGGAGGGCGGAUAGGUAUAGAGAUAGGUUAAAUAUGGGGGAGAUGUAACAGGGAGAUCUCACAGAUACACACACAGAUUAUUCACACUCACACAGAUUCACACACAAAUCAUAAAACUCACAUAUUCUAGAUUCACAGACACAAAUUCACAUAGACACACUUACAGAUUCAGGUAAGCAGACACCCAUACCCUCUAUACACGAGUAACUAAGUGGUCUUUAAAGUGCAUGCCAUUUCAGCCACCCUCCGCUUGGCUUUCCAUAUCACUGCAGGUGGGUGGCUUUUAUUUGGUCCAGAUGAGAUAGCUCAGCAAAGCUGCACCAGAACAUGUGACUGUUAAUGCAGAAAUGAUGCAGUGGCUGCACUAGUUUGGCUAUAAUUUAUUAAAGGACCACUAUAGUGUUAAUAGGUCCCCCCACCCUCAGGGUCCAAUUUCCACCAGGAUCUAGGGGGAGAAAGGGGUUAAACUCAACCUUUCUCCAGCGCAGGGCUCCCUCGGCGCUGGGGACUCUUCUCCUUCUUCCGACGUCAUCUGGACAAUUCCUCGGUAUAUAAAAAAUGAGAGACGUAUAUAGUGCUCACUGAUGUAUAUAAAAACAAAUAAAAAAAGGUAAAAUACUCACAUUUACAUGAGCAGGAAAUACUGCUCAGUAUGAUGGCGCAGGUGGUACAAUCCCCACCUUAGGAUUCUUGGAAAUUGACGUACUUCAAUCCAAAUUGAUGACCAGGUAAUUCAAAUUAGAAAUAUAAAAUAAAAGGAAUAAAAGUAUAUAGGCAAAAAAAUAAGGGCCAGUAUUCCUUUAUUAAAAUAUAAUUUAUCAAUAUAUAUAACAGACUUUGAAAUAGCCAAAACGCGUUUCACCACACAGGGCUUUAUCAAAUGGCAUUUAGAAAAGAGAAAAACCUGGUACACAAGCUGCUUUUAUAAGCUAGAAAAUACAAAUAGACAUUUGAAUUUUGGCGCCAAAAUGACGUCACACUUACAAUAUGCAUAAUUUAAAAACGAUUUAAAAGUAAGAAAUUGAAAUGUAAAAGCAUUAUAUAAUGCAAUAUUAAGAUAAUUGUCAGUUUCAAAUAGUAAAAUGAGCAUCUAUUAUAAUGUUGUACACAAAGAGAGAUGAUGUAAGUGAAGAAAAUAUAAUCGCAAUUGGUAUAUUUACAAAAGUUGAAAUUGGUGAUAUAGGUACAUAAAUAAAAGAGGUAUGACAGUGUCUGUGGACACUGUCAUACCUCUUUUAUUUAUGUACCUAUAUCACCAAUUUCAUUAUGCUGAAGCGGUCUGGGUGUCUAUAGUUGUCCUUUAAGAGCCCAAAAUUGAUUGGUCUGCAUCAGAAAUGAUGCCAGAAUGAGGCACAGCGCUUUUUGUGGCAUGCCGGUGCAGAACUGUUGCAGUAAUAGUCGCACGCCUGUCAGAAUUAAAUGAAAUAUGAGAUGCAUUUGUCCUAAUAAAGACACACUUCUUUUCAUAAUUGCAUUUGUGCUAAUGUAUCUGAGUUCCAGUAUUGUCCCUUACAUUGUACUUAUUCGCAAAAAGGGAAAAAAGAAAAGCUUGCGAUUAUUACCAGCAUAAGAUUUGUGUGUAACUCAGCAAACAAUGUGGGGUCGUAAUAUGAUAAUGGAAACGGGGUAUAUCUUAAAGGGACACUCCAGGUACCCAGACCACUUCUGCCAAUUGGAGUGGUCUGGGUGCCAACUCCCACUACACUUAACCCUGCAAGUGUAAUUAUGGCAGUUUUUUAUAAACUGCAAUAAUUACCUUGCAGGGUUAACUCCACCUUUAGUGGCUGUCUACUAGACAGUCACUAGAGGGCACUUCCUGGAUUAUAGCACAGAAAACACGCUGUGUGAGGACCUCCAGCGUCGCUCAAUUCCCCAUAGGAAAGCAUUGAAAAGUAUCCAAAUAUGAUGCUUUCCUAUGGAGAGCUUUAAUGCGCAUGCGCGGCAUUGCCAUGCAUGCGCAUUAGGUCUCCCCAGCCGGCCGGCGGGAUCAGUCUCGCACACCGGCCGACGUAAUGAAGAGGAGGAGCGGCGGCGGAGGAAGAAGCAGCGACGUGGGACAUGUCGCUGCCUCUGGUAAGUCACUGAAGGGGUUUUCACCCCUUCAGCAACUGGGGAUUGGGAGGUGGGAGGGAGAGGGGACCUGCAGUGCCAGGAAAACGAAUCGUUUUCCUGGCACUGGAGAGUCCCUUUAAUCCCUUAAGGACACAUGCCAUGUGUGACAUGUCAUGAUUCCCUUUUAUUCCAGAAGUUUGGUCCUUAAGGGGUUAAGUGCACAAAGCGUUCUUUCAUAGUGCGGUUUUGGCUCACUGUGUUGGCAACAUAGGUUUAUGGAAAAUUACUUUUUAGAGGGUCCUUUUGUAAGUUUAUUUACAAAGAAAGGGGAAAUAGAAUGUAGAGGGUAAGGAAGGAUGUGAAAGGUAGGGAAAGGAAGAAAAAAGUGUGUCUCUUUGUUUGGUGAUGCAGCAGAGAAAAGUCUUUUUAGACCAUUUUAGAACAAUUUUAUAAAUACAAACAGAUUAGAUACCAAAAAUUAUUGUCAAUUAAAUUAAAAAUCUCUCCUCAUCCAUGCUACCUGUCAAAUUAUCUCUUCCUCCACACAACACUCAAUAAAUAGGCCAAAAGUCAAACACUUUUUCUAAUCCCACUUAAAAAGUCUCAAACAAGUUUUAUCUGGUCUAUGCCAUUACAGAGGAAGCCUAUAUCAUUAGCACAUCAUACUUAACCCGCCUGUAUGGCAGUAUAGUACUGAGACUUCACUGAUAGGGCACAUGAGAGUAUAAAAUGAAGUAUCUCUCACACAGAUGGGUCUGCCUAGAAUUUCAGUCCAGUUCUGUCCUUGUGAUUCGGAUCAGUGCAUUAUACUAGUGGUUAAGGUUCUAUGAUUUGGCAUUCGAGAACCAUUAACUACAUCUUGUUAAAGUAAUCCUAAAAGGGAGGGUAGUAACUAACUAUAGGGCAAGCUAUCAAAUAUUAGCCUUAUUUGGGUCUUUGUCUUAUAUGUUGUGCCAAGGCUCACUCAUCUGAGAUUGUCAAACUGAAAAUUAUUUCUUAAAAUAAAAUUAAUUAACAGUUGCAAUGACAUGUUUUUAUUUAAAAAGAAAUAGGCUUAAUACAUGUAUUGCACCAAUAUUAUUUAAAUGACAAUGCGCAGGAUGAAUGCAACAAUCAAGAAUAUUUGCAUGGUCCCCAUUCUCACUGAAAACCUCCAGACAUAUAUGACAUAAAUAAUAAAAUAGUGUCCAGCAACCCAUUCUUUAUUUAUAGUGAUAGGCAAGCCCUCCACAAUGAAAAUUUGUAUGACACUAGGUUAUAGCAAGGCAACUCUUUGUGUCACCUGUCAUUAUUACAUCAUAUCUUGCUCACUUAAAUACAAACAGGUCAGUAGGUGUAGUCCUUUUUGAUCAGAGAAGCUGCUGAUAUAGCAGUUCAGGUGACACCAGUGGGAUAGCAAACAUGAUGGCUGACCAACAAACAAUGAUUAUAGACAACAGUUCUGGAGUAAUUAAGAUUGGAUUUUCAGGAGAGAAAAAAACACGAUAUGUGUACUCAAACAUAGUAGGCAGCCCAAAAUAUUCUCCUAUCAUUCUUGGAGAUGGACAAAGGGAUUACUAUAUUGGAGAAGAAGCACAAGUAAGAAGGGGUAUCCUCUCAUUAAACUAUCCUGUGGAGCAUGGUGUGGUGACUUCAUGGGAUGACAUGGAACUCAUAUGGAGGUACGGAUAUAACAAUAAUUUCAAGAAAAACUCAUGUGAUAGACCAGUUCUGGUUGAUGAGGUACCUCUCAAUCCACGUUCCAACAGAGAGAAGAUGACUAUUUUAUUUGAGGGAUUUAGUGUUCCUGCAACAUAUGCUUCAAUCCAAGCAGUUUCAGCUCUCUACUCAGGAAAAGUAACUUGUUGUGUGGUUGACAGAGGUGAUGGUGUGACACACACAGUUCCUGUCUUUGAAGGAUACUGUCUUCAACAUGCUGUGCUAAGGCAUGACCUAGCAGGAAAAGACCUGACAAACUAUCUGAUGAGAAUACUUAAUGAAAGUGGUAUUUCCUUUAUAAGUAUAUCGCAAAGAGAAAUUGUUAACGGUAUGAAAGAAAGGCAAUGUUAUGUAGCUGUUGAUAAAGAAUUGGAGAGAUUGAGAUCAAAGGAAGAAUUGGAAAAAAAAUACAAACUUCCUGAUGGAAAGAUUAUCACCGUCCACAAAGAGAGGUAUAAAUGUCCAGAAACACCAUUUCAUCGUGCAAAAAUUAGAAUGGAGACACCAGGCAUUGAUAGAAUGUAUUUUAAUAGCAUAAUGAAGUGUGACAUAGAUCUUCGUAACACCCUUUACAGCAAUGUGCUCAUGUCUGGAGAGUCCAGCAUGUUUCCUGGAAUUGGUGAGCAUAUGACCAAGCUUGAAGCCCACUGAAUGUUAUGACUUCACCUGAACCCAUGUUGGCAGGACGGAUGGGAGGGUCAGUAUUGUCAUCUCUGUCCAUCUCUCAGCAAAUGUGCAUCACGUUUCCAGAAUGCUUUGUAGUAGGACCUAACAUCGUUCACAGAAAAUGCGUUGAGAUGAGUAGCUCAAACAGUAUGCUUGAAACUGCAUGAAUAAAAACAGCUGCAUGUAAACCUUAUUCUUUUCAUAUCAAAUUCUUAUUUGUUUUGGGUCAGAUGACUUUUGAAAAGAGAAGCAGUGAUGCCAUUUUUAUUAAAGGACCAAUGAUAGGUUAUGAUGUCAUAACAAUAUAAACUUAAAGUGGAACUCUCACUUUCUAGAAUUUAUAAAAAUUUGGUUUACACAUCCUUAUAUUUAACAAAUAUGUAUCUGUACUAUGGGGGGAAUAAUAAUUUAAGAAAUUCAAACUCUCCAUCCAGCAACAGGGUUCCUGCAUCUCAGCUCUCUGCCAAUCAUUGUUAAAUUAUAUGUUCUUUGCACUUGGCAGUCAGCAUAGAUGAAGUAUACAGUAUUUAUUUCUUCUCCUUUUUUGCGAUGUUUGCUGUGGCUUUGCCACCUCUGAAGAGUAUAAAGAUGUAAUCUGCUAAAUCUUUGAAGGACCAUUAGCGUCACUCAGGCCACUUUAUCUCAAUGAAGUGUGCUGGGUAUGGUGGUCCUGUAUAAGGUUGCCAACGUUUUGAAAAAAAAUACCAUCCAUGCUAAUUUACAUAAUUAAUUUGAUAUGCACAACAUCACAGGACACAACGUCGCCUGAUAUUGCGUAACAUCUCAGGGAAUUACAAAUUGGAAGGGUGAAAUCCCUAAACCACUAAAAAACUACUUACAAUAUGUAUACUAUGUCUGACUGUGCAUGUACAAUGUGUAUGUUUAACAGUGUGUGCGCAUGUGUGUAUAUACUGUCUAAAUUAGUGUGUAUAGCAGUUUGUGCCUACUGUUGUCUAAAUGUGUUGUUGUGUGUAUAUUUUAUCUAAGUGUGUGUCAGUGUCUGGAGAUUGUGAGUGUGUGUUUACUGUUUCUGUGUUAUUGUAUCUAUAUAGCAAUGUGUGUACCUACCAUGUAUAAUAGCGGUGGAUAUUUUGGCUCCAUUUCUCUUACCACUCUCCCAGAUUCUAGUCAGGGAAGAAUACUGGCAUUUGCAUUAUUGGUAUUUUUGCAAUACUGGCACUGGCCAGACUGCCUCAAAUACUGGUGGUGCCAGUUAAACACUGGCCAGAUGGCAGCCCUACAUACAAACACUAAACACACAGACACUGGAGGACCUGGGACAAUACCGAGUUUUACACCCUCUAUCAAACUGUCCCUGCAGCUCUGCUAUCAAGCAUGACUGGACUACAGAGGACACUGGCCUAGGCUCCUAGCACUUAUCUCACCGCCACCCAGUUAAGUUCCAAAAAGGCAGUAUAGGUGCUGAAAACAGGCACCCCUUAGUGGACAUGUGCCUUAGAGAGCUACCUACUCUGCCUAAUGGAAAAUCCGGCCUUAGGUAUAAGGGCCCUGGGUGGAUGAUUAGUUGAAGGGGUAGAAAAAAUGAAUAGGAGUGUUGUGGUAUGGAGGUGCAAAAGGACUAUAAAUAAAAGUAAGGACUUAAAACAGUCUCAUCUCUGGAAAGUACAGUAGUGAGUAAACCAUUGAAAAUCACCUAUAACUUGUUGAUCGUUUUUUCACAUGAUGUUUUCUUUUAAAAUUAUGUUAAAGAUUUAGUAAAAUACAUGAUAGUCCAGUUCAAUCCAGGCACAGUGCACACGUUGAAAAUGAGGAGGAGAAACAGAAACAUUGGGGGAGAUUGUUACACUUUGCUUUUGUGCACCAUUUUUUAGAACAGAACACAUUUUGACAAAUCUCCUCCACUGUUUCAGUUCUCCCUCUCUCUGUCCUGAUGGCCAGGUGCAAAGGACAGAACCUAUACCAGUGAUUGACAUGGAACUAUUAUGGAGACACCCAGGAUGAAGUAAUUGUGAUUUUAUUUCCACACUUCACAAACACAUAUUUGUUAAAGGAACACUAUGGUCAGAAAUACAAAUGUGUAUUCCUGACCCUAUACUGUUAAAAACAUUAUUUAGGUGGCUUGCCAUGGGGGUCCGCCAGCGCAGGCUCCGCCCCUGUCUUCUUGGCGUUGGCGUUGGCACUGGCUCCGCCUCCGUCUCCUUGGCUGAGAUCAUCAAAAUUGGCGAUCUCAGCCAAUCCAAUGCUUUCCUGAUGGAAUAAAACUGUUUUUGGUAAAGGAUGGAAAACAUUGGAUUGGCUGAAAUUGUCAAUUUUCUUGAUCUCAGACAAGUUGGUUGGGUUGGGGUGGAGCCAAAUUUUGCGAUGGCCACUCAGUAUCUCCGAUGGCUAAUCAGCAUCCCUAAAUGGUUAGCGUCUGCUGAACGCAGCACUGACCCAGGAAGCACCUCUAGUGGCCGCCUGAGUGACUAUCACUGGAGGUGGUUCUAGGCAGCAAUGUAAACACUGCCUUUUCUCUGAAAACACUGUAGUUGUUCUGGUGACUAUAGUGUCCCAUAAAUAUAAGGGAUAAAAAAAACAUGUUACUAAAAAAAAAGAAAGUGGCACUUCCUCCUUAUGUAAAUGAGAGUGCUGUUAGAUACUUUAAUUUUUUGAAACAAUUAUCUUGUCUUGCCAGUUAAUAAUGGAUGUUCAGCAACAAUCAUUUCUAAUUCUAUGGGAAUAUGAAGAAUUUUGGAUUGUUUAAUUUAGUUGCCAUUUCUGGAGGAAAAUGUCUACAAGGAUGAAGAAAAUCCCAAGUUUAGAAGCAAACGAUGUGGAAGAAAAGGAGCUUUCACGGCUCCUAGCACCACAGUCAUUUCUUUCAAAUAAAAUACAGAAGUCUGGAAGUCUGCCGAGCAUUGAUGGACUUGGUCUGGGGAUUCACAAUGUAAGACUAACAACAAGAUUUGUAGUGAAUAAAGCAAAUCAACGAUUUCCCAGCAAUACCAUGUCGGAAAGGACAAGAAAAACGUUUAUCAGCAAAGGAAUUCAGGUAAGAAUCUUUGUUUGAUAUCUGUAUUAUUUGAUUUUCUGUCUCUGGCACAAAUUUGUACAAACAAUGGAAGAGCACUCAAAAGCUAAAAAAUAAAUUCCUGCUAAUGCUUUUUAAUGAGAACGUUACAGGAUGUACAGUUCCUCACAAAUGUCCAAAAAAAAAAAAAAAGUAACGUAUAUUUUUCAUAUUGAAGAGAUCGCUAAAUGUUAAGAAAGUUAUGUACGAUACGACAUUAGAAAUGUAUCAUUCUACACUGCUUCCUAUUUGAUAGUGCACCAGCUAAAUUUACCGAAGCUCUACACACACGACACUAUACCCAUUGGGACAUUAAUGUACUCAGGUUAUUUGACAAUCAGUCGAUUGUUCCAAGUGUUGUUAAUUUAAUGAUUGACAUUAAUAAUAAAACUUUUUUCUGCAUUUUGCAAAACACGCUCAAAAUGUAAAACAUGUCACAGGUGAUGUGUAAAAUGCAUAUAGGUUGUAAGUGUAGGUGACUUGAUCCUGUGCAUUUUGUUAUUUAAAAUCUGUGUUCCCUCUUUUUAAAAUGAAAAUGCUACCUUAUCAGUAUUUCUAAAUUCAUUUAAACUUCACGUUUGAUAUAGUACAUUUAUGUUUAUUUUUAUUUUAGUAACUUUGUGACAGCCACUAGAGGAUGCUUCUUCUGCAAGACUCGGUUAUGUGACUUUUAGAGUCCUCAUGCAUUGCAUGAGAACAUCAGAUUUCCUAAUAUGCUUAUAAUAGGGAAGCAGUGGAUUCAAUGAUUCUUUUCUAUGAGAAAAAUUGGAUUGAUGAAGACGAAGAUGAGACAGUCUUCAGACGAUGUCACUACAGUGAGGAGAACACUCUAGCGCUAGGAAAACAUGUUUGUUUUCCUAACCCUAAAUUGCUUGUUCAAUAUAUGGUGGUGUUUUACAUGGCAUAGGAUUUAAUCUUUACAGAUGUUGCCAAAAGUAUUGGUACCCUUCCACUUCCAAAAAAGUAUUUGGUAGCCACCAUUCUUUAUUUCAAAUGUAACAAAACAGACUUCAGAUAUUCCUUUAAUAAGACAAAUGAGAAUAGCCCUGACAAAAAUAAAGAGCUUUUUGUAGCUAUGAAUACUGUUUCUCUACUUUUCUACUGGGAUUGUGGCCCAUUCUUCUUAAGCAAACUACUCCGGUUCUCUCAUGACAAUAACCUUAACCCCUCCCCCCCCCACAAAAAGACACAGACACCAGACUUAAAGUGGAUAAAUAUCACGGCUUUAAUACAUCAUAUAAUUAAAUAUAUAAAUGACAAAAUGGAUCAUUGCCAAACAUACCCACUUUUAACAUAGACACAUAAAUUCACCCCGUUAACACUACUAUAACCACUGAGAAUGACCCGUAACAUAAAAUAACAAUAAUCCAUGUAACAAAAUAUAAAUAACACAAGACACAGCCACAACAGGCAUCAUACUCCAAGUGAUUUAGCAAUGUAGGGGUAUACCGAGAUACCCCUACACACCCAGGAUGAAAGCCACCUAUGGGCUCCAACCUACCAAUUAACAAAUUCAACCAGCUACCAAUCCUACCUACCCCCCAAUUUCUUAUCCAGCCCCCGCCACAGCUCAGAGCUUGACUCCUCAAGCUAUCUGAGCGCCCCACCCCCGCAUAAACAAUGCACGCUGCAAACCUUCCUGAAAACUCAUAUUUAUUAAGACAUUACCUACAUCGGACAGGUCCACCCCAUCAUGCCUAAUAUAACCAGGAAGCAUGGCUUCCAACUCAACAUGUCUCACAACUAUACCCCCAGUGCGUCUAAUAAAAAUGGACAACAUCUUGUUAACUUUCCAUCUUCACCUAGCUACUGCCAAAGGAUCCCUAGCAUGACGCCAAUGGAACCGGGGCACCAUCUCUGACCAAAUUAACACUACACCUAGAACCACAGCCCUCAACUUAUCCAUGUCCCGCUUCAUACAUUGCACUAAUUCCCUCUGGGGUACCCGACCCAAAUCAUUACCCCCAGCAUGUAUCAAUAGAAAAUCCGGUGACUACCUAGAACCUAAUCGCCUAAAAAUCUCCAAACAAACUUCCCUCCAUCCGAAACCCCGGUAGCCAAACCAAUAUAAUUGGACCAAGCACUGUGGAAAGCCCAGCUGUCCUCCUUGAUGUCUAACUGCGGCUCUCUUGUGCGACCAAUGAACGAAUGAGUGGCCCACCAACCAGGCAACCCAACCUACGAAAGAAAGGAAACAUAUUACCAACAAUGAACAAACCACAAGUUGUUUUUUAAAAUUUCAUUUUAUGCCAAACAGUCUAGUCUCAAGUAUGACCGGAACAUUACUUAACAUCCAAUCCUUUUACUAAAUCGUCCCCUAGGCUCAACUGUGCUGCUUCCGUUGCAGCCCCAAUUCUAACAGAAUGUGUGCCAAACUGUAAUGGAUCCAAUCCCAAACUGCCCAGACCCAAGCGAAAAAAAUUGAAAAACUGAUAUUUCGAUAAAGAUGAUCCAUCAUCAUGCAUCAAAAAAGAACCCUGCACCAUUGUCCAGCGUAAAAAGCCCCGAAACCCACACCCACCCUGAAGCAUCUGUAAAAAGUUCCAAUUCCAGAGAGGUUACCACUGCAUCCUGAAAAAAGACCCGCUUUUUAAAAUCCCGCAGGGAAAUAUCCCAAAGUUCCAAAUCCUCCUUCAUUGGGAUAGUAACUCUGAUAAAAUGAUGAGGAGAACUGAUCCCUUCUGUCGCCUUUGCAAGGAACCUAUUAAAAAUCCUCCCCACUGGUACAAUUAGACAUGCAAAAUUAAGAUAGCUGAAUAAUGAUUGCAAUGUUCUCAGCGUUACUUUACGUGCCUCCCGAAGGACCUGACGAAGCACCACCAACUUAUCUCCCGGUAAACGACAAUCCCCUGCUACCGAAGUAAUUUCAAAACCCAUAAAACUAAGACACGUGGUCGGUCCCACCGUUUUGUCAGCCGCCAAUGGGACUCUAAAAACAUGGGCAACCCAUUCCAGCAUCCAUAACCCUAUAUGACAGGCAUCUGAACCGGAAGGACCGAUGCAAGAAACCAUCCAGAUAAUGAACCAUGAACUUGUUACCAGAUUCUACCUUGCCCACCCAUUCUAGGAAAGUACAAUUUUUUUUUAAAUAAGCACAUGAGAUGGAGCUUCCCAUGGGCAAACAAAGAUCAACAAAGUACUUACCCUUAAAGUAACAGCCAAGAAGAUGGAGACAAUCGAGAUGAACGGGCAACAGACGAAAUGCCUAUUCCAUGUCAGCUUUUGCCAUCAACGCCCCACAACCCGUGUUCCUAACCAACUCGACAGCAUUUUCAAAUGGUAAAUAGGACACCGAGCUUAAGGCUGCUUCAAUGUCAUCAUUAACUAAAUACCCUUUCGGGUACGAAAGAUGAUGUAUUAGACAGAACUUCCCUGGCUCCUUUUUUGGCAAAACUCCUAAAGGAGAAACAUGAAGUUUGGGCAUAGUGGGGUCAUCGCCAUCCUUCCCAAUUGGAUCUCUUUACCUAAUUUAACCCUUACCACAUCCGGAAAUUCCACAGCUGAUCACAAAUUUUGGAAACAAUGCUCCAAAACCCUGUUCCAAAAUGUAAUGAUGAAACCUUGCGUAAAACUCUCCCUCAGUAAUGAUGCAUAUUUCUGGUUAACGUAGUAGUUUAGCCAAGGCAGCAUCGUUCUGACCUUGACACUGAGCCCACCAUCUGUAGCUAUCUUCCCACGUUUGAAGCAAUGGUUGAGACCGUGUGCCCCUCCGCAGCCGGAACACUCAUGCUUAAAUCUAAAAGUUGUGCCCCACUUACAUUGCCCCUCAUUGACUAGCCAACAGAAACCUGUUAUGUGCAUGGCCGACGAGGUGGAGGCAGAGCACGCGCCGGCCCCGGAUUGAAAGGGUGAGGCUGCUUUUUGCGCCAUCAUUAGCUUAAUUCAUAGAGGCAGGUCCAUUUGGUCCCACAACGUAGCUGGGUUAGCCGAGAAAUGCUGCCGAAAUUGCUCGUUGCAGCGCCACCAAGCUAAACCCCCAUAUGUCCUUUAUGCCUCCCAUAUACCAUCCAAAUAACAAAAAAGUUGAGAACGAAGCUGACUGGUUGCAUUCAGAGAGAGCUUUGUCUAAGAAACCUGCUUAACACAUAUAAAGCAAGGUUUUGCCACAGAAAACCUGAGAUCCUACAAGCUGGGGACACCCUACAAACAACCCUGUCUUUCUUUGAAGUGUUUUAGCCACGUGGCAAGCAGCCUGAACCCGAAGUGGUGUUGCGGCCUACCUGUGGGUGCGGAUGUGGGAGAGGCGGCCGAUCUCCCCGCUGAUCACUCUACUGGAAACAGUGAAUGCAAUAAGGGUUCCCGUUCCCCCCCCUCCCCCCCCCCCGCCGUUGGGGGUUAUCCCGGCACCAGCACUUGAGCUUUAUCUGUCUGUCACUAGUGGAGCUGUAGCCGUUGCAGAGGCACAACACCGGUACACAAGCCCAAAUACUAAGGGUCAUACAAAAUGGCGGCUGUGUGCUUCUCGGAUCCAUGUUGUGAGGAGUUGGAUGUGCUGGGCAAACUAAAUAAGACUUUCCAACUGUUUUGGGAGAGUCUGGCUGCCCGCAUGCACACUGCUGGGCCUCCCACAUUACCUACCCAUACACCUCAGGUCCCAAAGCCCGAAUUUAAGUGGAGGGUCUGGGUCGCAGCUACCCGGCCGGUCCAAAAAAGGCGUCAGCGUCCAGCCAGGAAAGAGAGAGUCAGAUGUCACCUACCUUCAAGACAACACUUGCUGAGGUCCGUUCCUGACUUCCAGCGUGAACGGCUGAGACUUCUGCGUGGAGCACCUCGACCUCCCAACCAACAACUAUAUCAAGCACCGACUGGGCUAGUGAGCCAGAAAUCAAAUCUCCACCGGGUAUCCAUGGUAGCACCGGUAGUGAGGGUCCCACAAUGGCAGAGACGUAAAAGGCAGAACUCACCUGCAGUGACAGCAGAACAGAGAUCUCAGACGUUGUGGACCAAGCCUGCACCUAGCAACAAGCCGGAGACAUCGUGUAGAGCCCUGUUCCGGGUCUCUGUCCAGACCUGCCGGCUCUCACCUGGGUCCUGGAGCCUGAAAUCUUCCUGUAUACUCCUGCCCUCUGAUCUACCAACUGCUGGCAUCGGGUGACUGUGGACUCAUUCUCCAUAACUCUGGCUGCUAUCCACACAUACAGCCUACGUCUCAGUGCCGUUUUCUGGCUGAUGCCCUCUCACCUACUGGGCACAUACCCACUUACACCUCCACACUUAACUCCUAUCUUUCAGAACAAAAGGUUAUUGUGGGAAAUACUUAGACAUGUCAUAAUGUUAUCUCAGUUAUGUCUCAUUUUUUUAAUCAGUUAUGAUCUUCUAUAAAUGCUUGCCUGAGACAAGAGUCUACCUUAUCAGUUAUCACACCAUGAAAAAUUUAAGUUUAUAGAAUGAAUUCGUGUCUACCUGUAUAUCUCUAUAUUUUUCUUCGUUGACAAGCUAUACACAGUAUAGCGUUUAGACAUGCAUGAUCAGCUUGAAUGUUACUAACCUUAACCUUGAGUAAUCACACCAAUUAUGUUACCUAAAGCUGACCCAUCUUGCUUUACCUAACCUAAUCAAAAAUAGUGUACAGCUAUAACAUGCCUAGAUGCUGUGGAUAUAUAGUACAUAUACGAGCUUGUUUAUGUAAUCCAAACUACUUUAUUUACUAAUCUUCAUGUCUGAUUCCUCUUGUUUUCGAAUCCCUUACCUUGUUUCCCCCGCAGAUAUGGAUGCUCUAGGUUGUACAACACUGCAUUAAUUUGUGGCAAUCAGGCAAUGUACUCUUACUCCACAUGCAUACUAACUACAUAGCAGUAACCCAUCAGUUAUGUUAAGCCUGUUUCUAUCAACUUGUUUAUAUUUAAAAAUGUGCAAACACUCAUGCCAAUGUUAAACCUGUUUAACUCUAUACAUACGCUGUUGUGGCGCUUGACAAUCAUAUGUACCACUUUGCACAACAACAAAAAAACUUUUUAAAAAAAUGUUGAGAACACCGAUCAAGAUAUUUCUCACGUAGCACACUGGCUAAAAUGCAAAACGGAUACAACCAAUUACCAAAAGACUUUGGUAUCUCACGAUACUUCCAUAUUUUUUCUUCUUCCUCCUUCUUUGUGUCCUUUUUAUCCUCUUCGUUUAAAACGAUGUAUUCUUCCAAUGGGAGAAGUGCAUAGAUUUCCAGAAACUUACUAUUCCAGAUUUUCUCUUUUAAUUCAGGUUUUAAGUGACAACCAAGCGAAAAGAGAUGUGUACAUUCUGCCAUGCUGCAUCCAAGAUGCUAUCCGCCAGUUCGACUCGUUCAUCACCGACGUCCAUACCCACUGAUGUUGAUGCCACGGCCUUGACACCUGACUCACUCCCUACUAACUGCGAUAACUGCGGUGCCCCGGCACCUGGACCCCCAGAACUUAGCUCCCAAACUUGCCCAAAGCUCCCUGGCUGAUCCUGCCCAUCACUCCAAUUAUGGAGAAAAGUCUUGAGAUCCUGUAAUAGAUCAUCAGAAUGAUGAGCAGAAGAGGACUCACCAGCCAAAUCCCCAGCAAGUAAUGUUUGUGGGGCUGCAGUCCUAUCACCGUCGUCCAAGGAUCCAGGAGUCAAUGCCAACAUUCUGGGACCCGCUUCCUGGACCCGCGCUCGGUCUGUGGAAGAAUGCACCAAAGAUCUGCAAGGAGACGAAAACAUGGCUGGGCUGUCUAUCUGGAUCCUGACUUGCCCACCUUCCCGACAAUUACCCCUACUUGAGAUACCCCUUUUGGCCAUCAGAAACCGCUGACUCUCCUGUCAGGGGAGCUCCCUCUAUCUGACCUGGGAUCACUCCCCCUAUCCAGCGGCAAGUGCAAUGCUCAGUCUGCCUAUUGACCUGUGCCGAGAUUGCCGGCUGCUCCUUGAUCUGCGCUCAACAUGCCUGCCUGCCUCCCCUUGUGAAAUUAUGCUAGGCAAUCUGGUGUCACGGUCCUGGGAGCAUCGCAAUCUGUUAACCCGUAAGCGGUCAGCCCUAAUGGCCCCCCCUGUAAUUCGCCCUGGUGAGGACCCACUGCUGCUGUCCAUGACCCCUUCUUCCUGCCCACCCGGACCCCUCCACAGUGUCAGGGGCUGUCCACUCAGGCCUAAUGGGGUGUUCAGCAACCUGUUCUUGUUGCCUUCCUAGGUGCCACCCCACUUGCCCUUGACGUUGUCUUUAGCUUGCUAGCUAGUCUCUUAUUGGGCCUAAUUCCUUUGGAGCUGCGCUGUUCCUGGGCCUGAAAACCUAAUGCUUGUGUGGCAGGCCUAACUCCUCCAGAGCUGCUCCCAAUUCCUAAGUGGCCACCCACCCCAGUCUUCACUUUUCCCAUAAGUAAAGGAAUUGGACCACUGGGGCCCAACUCUCUUGGUGCAGGACCCUCAGCAGCCAUCAACAAAUCUGGCCUAGCAGCACUCCUUGGGCUUCUGGAGCCUGCCGUGGAAGGAGACUGCUCUGCCCUGCUGUCUGCCAUGCGGCGUGGUAUUUCCCGUGGUCCUGUUCUGCUGAAGAGCUCUAGCAUGAGAAAAAAGCCUUGUAUUUGUUCUGCACAGUGCAAGCAAAUUUAAUAACAUGCUUGCACUGUGUUUCCUUGCAACUUGUCUCUGGUGUCUCUAUAAAUGAGAUACCAGGAGACAAAAAGGGCCAUGAAUUGUGUGUGUGUGAGAGUGAGCUGAUUGUGGUGUGGUAUUGUGUAAGGUUGCUUUUAGUCGUGUUGUGUUUGCGGUGUAAUGUAAUGCAUAUGUGGCUAAGGGCUGUAAAGAAUGUGUGUAUAGGGGAUGUAACAAGUGUGUGCAUACGGGCUAUAGUGUGUGUGUAUAAGUGAUGUAGUGUUUGUAGGGGUUGUAGAGUGUGUGUUUAGGGGUGUAGUAUGUGUUUGCUUACAAGGAAUCUAGUGUGUGUAUAGGUGAUGCAGAGUGUGUAUGUUAGGAAUGUAGUGUGUGUGUAGUUGAUGCAGUGUGUGUGUGUAUAAAUAGGAGUCUAGUGUGUGUUUGAAGGACUCAGAAUGUGUAUAGAAGAUGUAGUGAGUAUGUGUAUAUAGCGGAUUCAAAGUGUAUAUAGGGAUCUAUUGUGUGUAUGUGUGCAGAUGAUCCAAAGUUGGGUAAGGGAUCUAGUGUGUCUGGAAUGUAAUUUGUUUAGGGUUGCAGUAUGUGUAUGAGGGGUGCUGUAGUAUAUAUAUAUAUAUGUUUGGAAGUAUUGUGUGUGUGUGGUGCAGUGUGUUGGGGGCUUCUGUGUAUAUGGGAGGGGUGCAGUGUGUGUGUGUGUGAGGGGUGCAUUGGGUGUGUGUAAGGGGUGUAGUGUGUAUGUGAGGGGUUCAGUAUGUGUGUAUGUGAUGGAUGCUGUGAGUGUGAGGGGUGAAGUGUGUGUGUGUGUGAGGGUGAUGUGUGUGAGGGUGCUGUGUGUGAGGGUGAUACUGCCAGGUCCAUAAAUAUUGGGACAUCGACACAAUUCUAAUCUUUUUGGCUCUAUACACCACCACAAUGGAUUUGAAAUGAAAUGAACAAGAUGUGAUUUAACUGCAGACUUUGAGCUUUAAUUUGAUGGUUUUUACAUCCAAAUCAGGUGAACGGUGUAGGAAUUACAACAGUUUGUAUAUGUGCCUCCCACUUUUCAAGGGACCAAAAGUAAUGGGACAGAUUUACAGUCAUAAAUCAAACUUUUUAAUACAUGGUUGCAAAUCCUUUGCGGUCAAUUACAGUCUGGAACUCAUAGACAUCACCAGACGCUGGGUUUCAUCCCUGGUGAUGCUCUUCCAGGCAAACUGUUGUAAUUCAUACACCAUUCACCUGAUUUGGAUGUAAAAACCCUCAAAUUAAAGCUCAAAGUCUGCAGCUAAAGCACAUCUUGUUCAUUUCAUUUCAAAUCCAUUGUGGUGGUGUAAGAGCCAAAAAGAUUAGAAUUGUGUCGAUGUCCCAAUAUUUAUGGACCUGACUGUAUGUGUGAGAGUGCUGUGUGUGAGGGUGCUGUGGGUGAUGUGUGUGAGGGUGCUGUGUGUGAGAGUGCUGUGGGGGCUGUGUGUGAGGGUGAUGUGUGUGCAGUGGGGUAUCCUGGUUUUGUGCUGCCCCAGGCAGGACAAAACUCAGGCACCUCCCUCCCCCCGCGCCACCCCCACCCAACCCUUCCCCCCGCCCCACCUUCUAAAUACACAUACACACACACACACACACAGUCAGACACAUACACACACACAGUCAGACACAUACACACACACACUCACACACACACAGUCAGACACAAACACACACACAGACACAAACACACACACACACAGUCAUACACACACACACACAGUCAGACACAAACACACACACACAGUCAUACACACACACAUACACAGACACAGUCAGGUACAAACACACACACAUACACACACAGUCAGGCACAAACACACACAAACACACACACACAGUCAGACACAUACACACACACAUACACAGUCAGACACACACACACACUCAGUCAGACACACACACUCACAAACACACGCACAGACACAAACACACACACAGUCAGACACAAACACAGACACAAACACACACACCUACACAAACACACACACACAGUCAUGUGUGUAUAUGUUAGAAGAGAUUGUGUGUUGGGGGGGGUAAAAAACCCCAAAAACAGGCAUUAUAUCCCCCUCCCUUCCUACCUUUAGCCUGGGAGGGUGGGCCAGCACGAUGGUACCUGAAAGGGGGUGACCGGCACUCUCACACCAUCCCUGGUGGUGCUAGUGGUCAGUAGAUGCAUACAAAUUGGGCAUAGACAGCGGUGCGUACAUGUCAUUCACAUUAUCAGUGCAUACAUUAGCAGAGUACAUAUAGAUAUUGCAUUGUAUUCGGUUACAUAGGUGGGUGCAUAUAGUCUUUAAACAAUAGUCAAUACUCAAUGCUCAAUAUACAGUGCUUAGUAGUCAGUAGGCUUCUGUGUCACAUGAAGGUAGAUAAUUGGACUUUAUGUUGCAGCCUGUCCCUAUAAUUGCGUUGGUUGCAUUUACUCAAUCUUGUCGGGGGAGGGGGGGUCUCUCUGAGGUGGUGUUAACUUGUACUUUGGGGAGUAACUCUCGCUGGGAUCUGGUCAGUGUGAUUGUUCCCUUGGGGUUUUGGGGUUUUGUCUUGUGUAGUCGUAAGCGGACCCUCAUGAGGAGUGGCUUGUGCCUUGGAGCGGGAUAGGAAAUCUGUCCACAUAUCAUGGGCUUGUUUCAAGUGUUUUUUAGUGCCAAAUUGGGUUGCGAACAUUGUCUCAUAGACCCAGUUGAGUGAGACUUGCUGUAUAAGGAGUUCCCUGGAUGGGGUUGCUGACUGUUUCCACAACCUAACGAUGAGUGUCGCUGCUGAUAUGAAUACGUGGUCCAUGGCGGUCCAUGUGGCUUUGGGUGUCCCAUCAGGGGGGAUGAAUAAAAUGCAGAGUUCUAGGGUGAGGGUUACCUGUGUGUGUAUGAUGUCUGAUGUAAUGUUUUGUACUUCGCGCCAAAAGGGUUGAAGUUUUUCGCAUGUCCACCAAAUAUGUGUCAUGGUGCCUCUUUGGUGUCCGCAUCUCCAGCAUUUAUCUGUGGAUUGCGGCCAGAUGUGGUGGACUCUGGCUGGGACUAGGUACCAACGGUACAGCAGUUUGUGCUGUAGCUCCAAGUGAGUGGCACAGGACGUUAUUCCCUUAUGUGAGGAGUAAGCCUUGUCCCAUUUGUCUCUAGUUAUGGUUCUUCCUAUUUACGUUUGCCAAGACUGUGUGUGUGUGUCAUUGGGUGGGUCUGAUGUCUGGAUUAGCAAACGGUAGUUUAUGGAUAUUAAUUUCUUUAACGGUUUUCUAUGUGUGCAAAGGAGUUCAAAUUUAGAUAGGUGCUCUCGGGUAUUAGCGGUGUUGGCGCAGGGUUUAUUCUGAGAUAGGUACGAUUUGAUCUGCAGGUAAGGGAAAAUCAGUCUGGAGGGGAGGUUGUAUUCUUUCUAUAUGUCUGGGAAGGAUCGAAGUUUUCCUUCUUUGUAUAGCUGUCCCACUUCCGUUAUCCCCCCCUGUCGCCAAGGUUGUUUAUCCCAUGUUGAUAUUAAAGUGGCUAGAAUAUCCACCAGGGUGGCUAAGGGUACUGGUAGGAAAUGGACCAGGUGGUGUCUGGAGGCAUCCCAGUGCUGCAGUAUGUGCUGCGUUGUGGGCAGUAGAUGUGUAGUGUCUUGUCUGUGGGUUUUGGGAGACCAGAAUAGAGUGUGCAGCGUUGAAGGUGCCGCCCAGUGGUUUUCUAUGUUGAGCCACUGUGGUGAUGUUGGGUUUGGUCUCAGUUGCGGCACUAUUGUUAGUGCCGCUGCUCUGUGGUAUGCGGAUAUAUCAGAGAGUCCUAAACCUCCUUGUAUUUGGGUCUUUUGUAAGAGUUUUGUUGCUACCCUUGGUUUCUUAUUACCCCAUGUGAAGGCUAUUAGCUGUUGCGAUAGUGUUUUUAGGAAAGUACUUGGGAUAGGGAUUUGCAAUGAUCUGUAUAAAUAUUGUAGUUUCGGUAGUAGGGACAUUUUGAUGGCAGCUAUGCGGCCCUCCCAGGAUAAGUAUUUCCCCUCCCAUGACUGUAGUGUAUUUUUGAAAGUGUUGGCUAGGGGGAUGUAGUUGGUUUUGAACAAUGUGGCAGGGUUUUUCGUCAUUUUUACCCCCAGGAAAGUUAGGUAAUCAUCCCUCCGGUCUAGGGGGAACGAUCCUUUGAGGAUCAUCAUUUGCUUGUUGGGUAUGUUGACCCCCAUCGCUUGCGUCUUAGAGACAUUCAGUUUAUAGUAUGACAGGAGUCCAUAUGUUGUAAUGUGUUUCAUUAGGUUCGGCAGGGAUAUCUGGGGUUGUGUUAAGGUGAGGAAGACAUCAUCGGCGAAUAUACUCAGUUUAUAUUCCCGUUGGCGUAAUGAUACCCCGUGUAUGGAUGCGUCUGCUCUUAUUCUAGCGGCUAGGGGCUCUAGUGCCAGGACGUAUAGUAGUGGGGAUAGGGGGCAGCCCUGUCUAGAGCCAUUAGUAAUUGUGAACUUAUCGGAGCAAAAUCCCGCGUUUAACACCCUUGCUGUUGGGUGGCUGUAUAAGGCCUCCACCAUGUUAAUAAAUUGGCUAAGGAAACUCAUUCUCACCAGGACUGCUCUCAGAAAUCCCCAAUUUAGUCUGUCGAAGGCCUUCUCUGCAUCCAAGGACACGAGAAGGCCACCCACAUUUGAUCUCCGUAUACUAUGUAUUAGGUUUAAUACUUUUCGGGUAUUAUGUGCCCCUUGCCUCCCUGUUACGAAUCCCACUUGGUCGUCAUGUAUUAGGGAGGGUAGGAUGGUGCUUAGUCGUCGAGCGUAAAUCUUCGCAAAUAAUUUGGCAUCUGUGUUAAGUAAGGAUAUGGGUCUAAAGUUGGGGCAGUGGCUUGGUGGUUUACCUGGUUUCGGGAGUGUUAUGAUAUGUGCUAGCAGCAGCUCCUCAGGAAGCUUUUUCUCCUGGGUGGCUGAGUUGAAGAGCUGUGCUAGGGGUGUUGCAAGGGUUGAUUUGAAUUUUUUGUAGUACAGGUUUGUGAACCCGUCGGGGCCUGGGGCUUUGUUGGUCAGAAGGGAAUGUAUAGCUUCUUCUACCUCUGUAGUCGUGACUGGGUGUUGUAGUGUGGACACCUGGUCUACGGUGAGAGUUGGCAGUGGUGUGUCUUGGAGGUAGGUUGUGAUUUCCUGGUCUGUUGGUACUUGCAUUUGAUUAGAGUGCGCAAGGUUAUAGAGUUGUCCGUAGUAGUUUGCGAAUGCAUUGCUAAUAUCUACGGGGGAUACAACUUUUGUGUCAUUGGAUGUAUAUACAUAUGGAAUUUUGGUGUUUGCCUCCACUCGCUUCAAUCUAGUCGCUAAUAUCCUACUGGCUUUGUUGCCCUGGAUGUAAUGUGUGGCCUUAAGUUUGCGGAGAUUGUAUCUGACUUGUUGUAAGGCGUGUGCUUUAAUUGUUUCUGUUAUUUCCCUAAUUCUUUUUUGUGUGUCUGCUGUCGGUUGGGUUUUGUUUUUGUUUGUGAGGUCUGACAGCUGUUUGUGCCAGGCCAUCCAUUUGUUCUUUGUGUGUGGGAGGCUUGCUUGAUAAGGAGCCCUCUGAUUACAGAUUUGUGUGCCUGCCGUGUAGUGCUAAUGGAUGUGUCUUCUGGUUUGUUCAAAGUAAAAAAGUCGUCUAUGGCUUUCGUAAUGUUGUCCGUGAAGGAGUUGUCUGAUAAUAGGGACUCGUUGAGCCUCCAGGGGCUUUUAUGUUUAUAGUCAUAGCUAUCUUUGAGGGUUAUGGUUUGUGGGGCGUGGUCCGACCACGAGAUGUUGCCUAUGGAGCAUUCUAGUACUUGGUCUAAGUGUCGGCCCUCAACAUGGAACCUGUCUAUUCUUGUGUACGUGUUGUGGGUGGAAGAGAAAUAUGUAUAGUCCUUUUCUUGUGGGUGUUGGACUCUCCACACAUCAUAUAGCUCACGCUCUUCUAGUAGUUUUAGGUGACUUAUGCAAGCUGUUUGUUGUCAGGUUCGUGUUGUGUGAGGGGUUUGUGUCGUAGUGUCCAUGUUAGGAUCUAAGAUGUGGUUUAAGUCCCCACACAGAAUCAGUAUACCCUCUUGGAUUGGACGUAGAAGAGAUAGGAUUCUGUGUAGGAAAUUCCUUUGAUUUGUGUUUGGGGCAUAUACAUUGGCGAUCGUGUAUUUGUUGUUAUUGAUCGUGCAUACUACCACGAGGUAACGGCCCUCAGGGUCUGUUUGCGAGGAAUGGUAUUGGAAUGAGACCUUGUUGCUAACUAGUAUUGAUACACCCUUAGUUUUCUGCCCUGAUGUGGCAUGAUAUUGGUGUGGGAAUUGUGACGGCUUGAUCUUGGGUAUUGUCUUGAUAUAUGUUUCCUGGAGACACAGCACAUCUGGUUGUGCCUAUUUAAAGUCCCUGAAUAAGCAGUGUUUAUAUGGGGUGUUCAGUCCCCUGACAUUAUGGCUUUGUAUUUUCAUACUGUGGUUGUUAUUGGUAGCUUUCUGUUAACGUUGUGGGUGUAUUCUUUUGUGUGGGUGCUCCUCGGGUCUUCUUCGUAGGUUCUUUUGUAUGUCUCUCCCUAAGGUCUAGGUCAGUUAUGUCUCUUGGGGUCUGGGUGUUAGCAGAGGGUAGGUUCUCCCUUAGGCAAGUUAUACGAUACUCCAGAAGUAUUGGUCCCCCUAGGGGGGUCUCACUGUGGUUUUGACAAGUUAAAGCACUCUCCUCCAGAGUGGGCAGAGAAGGGGAGGGGGGGAGGAUGUGGGGAAACCGUGCCGUGUGUGGACGGUAAGCGAAAAGAACUUUAAUACAGCCCAGAUUUGGGCAGCGUAACUGUACAGUGGUACCAUGUGGGAGCGUGGUACUUAAGAGUUAAAGUAACAUGGAUACAUCAGCCUAUUUUUGCUAUGACCUCGUACUCGGUGGAUAUGUUGCAUAACCCCGAUGUAACCUAUUGUCCCUUAAGAUCGGUUUGAGGUUUGUGGAUUUUGUGCGACAUAGUGUAACCUUUAGCCUUGCAUAGCAUUAACAGUAUAUAACAAGAAGUAACAAUAACAUUAACAUUGGCACUGCCAGUUCGGUUUUAUCUACAGGAGCAUAUGUGCUUAAGGCGGUUGUAUGUGAAGUGUUGGGGCUUGACACCUCGGGUGCUCAGUGUUUUAUGGGUGUGUGCAUGCCUGUGAGAGGGGUUGUUCUUGCGGUGGCUGCUUCGCUCUCCUGCUUGUGUUCCUCUUGUGUGGAGUCUAGUGUGACGAGACCAAUCUCGCCACAUUGCAUUGGAGAAGCCGGGUUGCUAGCCUGUUGCCUUGGGAUUAUGGCCCCAUGUUAAAAGGCUUGAUUUUCCCCUGCAAAGACAAGAAAGCUGGGUCAUUUGGUGCUUGCCCUGUUUGAGCAGUGAUACCCCAGAUAGCUAUGCCAUGGAGCCCAUUUGUAUAAUGAAAGACCAUGGGAAAGACUUUGGCUCCAUGGCAAUUGAACUGUAUGUGUGUGCUCUGAGCGCCAUUCAGUAAUAAUGUGCGCUUAGACCUAAGCUAUCUGGGCAUAUGUUGCAUGUCUGUAUUUUAUGUCAUAAAUGUAACAUUGUGUAUUUUAUUGUAUUUUACUGUCUUUUUGGUGCCAUGUGUUCAAUGGAGUUUUGCCACUGUCUUUGGAAAUAAUUGGAUUACUUCUAAUUAUCUCCAGGAUAGAAGACUCUGUGGAACUGGUUUUGGGCAGAAAAGCCAUGCUUCCUGUGGUCACAAAGGACUACGAUCUAUCUUUUGAACCACUGGACCAAUUUGUAUGAUUUUGACGUAUGUGAAUGUGAUGCAUACUUUUCAAGUUAUGAAUAAUGUGGAAAAAUUGUAUUUCUCUGCUUGUGCUAAAUUACAUUACCCAUUGUGUAAGGUAAUUGAAUCACAUGUAGAGGGGAGGAAUUUGUGUGGGAGUGUCUGAGUGUAUUGUAUGUGUUUAUUGGUUGUGUUCCAAAACCCUGUGGGUGGUACUAAUGUGUAAGAAUGUGUACAUAAGCACAAUAAACCCACAGCUCUGUCUGUUCACUGCUUGACCCUCAACACGGAGCUUUGUCUCGUCUUUGGGGGGAUUUACUGAACGCUGAUAGAGACUGAUUGCUAGGAGUGUAAGCCGCUUAGAUGCUUUUCCUAUUCGUCUGCUAGCAGCGAUUCGUAUGGUUCCUGUUCGUGUGUUUGGAGUGCUAUAUUGGAUGCCGUUCGGGAGUUUGGAGCAUUCACUUAUUGGCGGUUCAUGUGUUUGGUGUUCUACAAUAGCUGUGCUUGCAUCUCUGAAAAGGGGACGAUCGCCUAAACGUAUUUUACCCCUUGUGUGCAAAACGGUCCGUUACAUCUAGGGUGACAUUUCAGUGCCACAUAUCAUGGAAUGUGUAAGGAAUGGUGAUGCGUGCCAGUAUGAGUAGGUGUGUGAGCUGUGUGUGAAUUGUGAAUGAGACUUUACCCCAUGAGUCCUUACUGCGGUUAGGCUUCUUGUCUCAUGUUAAAGGCUCUGCAUGUUGUGGUGCCUCGUUUAGAGUCCGUUGUCAGUGCUGUGGUCCCGCAUUGUUGUGUCGGCUGGAAGUCCGUGUAGGAAAGAGUCAGAUCAACCAGUGCUUUGUCGGGGUAGGUGGGUGUAAUAAGGUAGAGCUUCUCCCAGUCGCGGGUGGAUUUCCCUCUCGAUCAGGUGCGUGCUUUCUUCAAUUCUGGUUGUAGUUUGGCAGGUUGUGACUGGUUGCUUCCUUGUGGCUGCGCUUGGAUGCCCCAUCUUUUCAGGGUUUUCCGUCCCUCGUCUGGGGUAUUGAUGGUGUGGAGAUCCCCAUUUCUGUGCACUAGCAAGCGAACUGGAUGGCCCCAGUGGUAUGGUACCUCUUGAUGUCGCAGAGCAUCUGUGACCUCUUUGAAUUCCCUCCUUUUCUGUAGGGUGAGCGCGGAGAGGUCAGCAUAUAUUUGUAUUGCUUGGUAUUGCUCGGGGAGGUCUUUGCGCUGUCUGGAAGCUUUCAUCAAAGCCUCUUUAGCAUGAAAAUAGUGCAUGUGGGUGAGGAUGUCUCUGGGGGCCUCCUCCGGUAAAAAUUUCGGCUUUGCAACUCUGUGUGCCCUGUCCAUGAGCAGGACAUCUGCGGGUAAGUCGGGGGCCAGGGCCUUGAAAUACUCAGUGAGAUACGCCAUAAUUUCUGGUUGUUUCACCGCUUCAGGUACGCCACGUAGGCGUAUGUUCUGCCUUCUGGAUCUGUCUUCGAGAUCCAUAAGUUUGGUUUGGUAGGAUUCCAGCGUGUGCUCUAGUUUUUGGACGUGAUCCGCCAUGUCAUUAUGGGCCUCCGCAUAUUCUCCCAUGCGGUGUUCCAUGCGGGCCGUCCGUUCUCCGAGCUCUUGGACAUCUUUCCGCAGGUCAUAUAUUGAUCUGUUAAAACUUUUAAGCAGUUUAGUUGUCAUCUCCUCCAGGCAUGCUUGUAAAAUUACUUGUGUGACUGGUUGGUCUCUGGAACCUGGGGAGUCUUGCAGUGGUAGCGUGUCGUCGCCAUCUUGCUCAUCGUCUACUGGGGUCUGAGUUUUGGGCGUCUGAUUGCGGGCUGCAAAGAACCCGGAUUUGUCCCCUUUCUCAACUGUUUUCUUCCCUUUAUAUUGGGCCAUCGUGGGGUUAAGAUUGUGGGGGUUUGCUGGUCAAGAUCGUUGUGUUAGUGGCUGAUUUAGGCCGGUGAAGGACAGAGCUUUACUCACAUGCGACCGUCCACGCCAUUAGUCAGACCACGCCCCCCCACUUUGAACUUUUCAAUUUAUUACAGUUCACGCUUUAGUAAAUAUCCUGGAUGAAUCCUGAGGCCUGAAGUGUCACACUGUUACCAGGCCACUUUCUGGACAGGUGUAUUACUGUUGUCACUGCCAUUGAAAACACUACUCAGAUUUUGCUGGAUGGCAUCAUUGACCCCAAGUAUAAAUUGUUGUCUUUCCGUACCUAAGCCAUUUUUCUGUGCAGCCUGGUCCCAUUAUCCAACUUGUCUGAUAACUAGUACUCUGACCCAGCUGACCAUAUCAGAGUAGUGUUUUUCUAGUGACCAUGUCUCCCUGAUCACAUGACAUUUUCCUUUUUUCCCUCUGCUGAGGCUUUUGCUGGGUGACAGGAGAAAUAUGGAUGGUACUAAGGACAAAGGUCCUUAGUUCCAGUUUAUAACUGUAAAGUUUUGUACAAAUAAGCCAAUAAUUCCUGUAUAACGAAGUACUCACUUUAUUAAUACAUAUAUGACAGUAUCUUCAUAUUGCAACCUUAUUACACAGGGUUUCAAAUGCCUCGAACAUUCCACCAACUGCCAACAGGAACAGGAAGUAAAGAACCAAAAGAAAGGAAGUGCAUCAUUCACAGCCAACAACAGCCCAACUGUCCAAUGCCCAUACAUCACAAUACAUACACUCAUACACUCACACACUCAUACACAACCCAAACGCCCAUACAUCACAAUAACUACCCUUGAAUUGGGUGGAGAACUUCUGUUUGUGAGGUUAAAUGGACACUAUAGUCACCAGAACAACUACAGCUCAUUGUAGUUGUUCGGUGAGUAUAGAUAGUCUUGGCUGGCAUUUUCAUGCAAACACUGUCUUUUCAGUGAAAAGGCAGUGUUUACAUUAAUACCUAGGGUGGCCACUGGAGAUGCUGAACUUUCCUCAUAGAUAUACAUUGAUUCAAUGCAUCUCUAUGAGGAGAUGCUGAUUGGGCUGGCCAGCAUUUGGCCCGACCUACCCCGCCUCCUUGGCAAUCCCCCUUUGGAUAAGCAUUGGAUUUGCUGAGAUCAUCAGUUCUGUUGAUGUCAGCAAAAGAGGCAGAUCAGGGACAGGGCUUUAACCCAAAGUGGUCCAAUGGUGGGACAAGCCACCUAAAUUAUGUUUUUGACACUAUAAGGUCAGGAAUACAUGUUUGUGUUCCUGACCCUAAGGUGUUCCUUUAAUCUUUUUUGUUCCAACCUGGAGAAUAGCAAACUGCCCCGGAGGCCCAACAAUAUCUUCUAAUAAUAUGUUAUCCUCCUCAUUUUAGGUAUCUGGUAAAGAUGACAAUUUGUCAGUAUCAAAACUACAAGCACUGGAAAAGGAAAUCAUCUUACUUAAAGCACUGCUGAAGGAGAAAGAUGCUGCAUUACUUAUGUUAAAUAACGAAAUUCAAAAUAAGGUAGUAUAUGGAACAAACAUUUUCAGAGAACUGUAAUAGUGUACCAAAGUAUGAAUACCAAAUACCAUAAUUACUUGAAUCUAAUGUGCCAUCGAAUCUAAUGCGCACCUCAAUUUUUGAAACCUGGAAGCUGAAAAAUGUUUUUGUUGGCAAAUGUAAUGCGCAUUUGUACAAGAAGAUACUACUAUACAACAUUGUGCUUUAUUAUUAUUUUUUGUUAUUUUUUUGAGAAUAGCUCCUUAUAACGCAAAUUGCUCCUCACUUGAUGACCGAGUUCCGUUCUUACGACAGUUGUUAAGUGAGGACUGCCCUCUUUCAGGGGCGAAAUUCACUGACGAAUUUUGAAUUUUGCCUUUGAAUUUACUCAAACUCAGACCCAUUUCAGUUGAGUAAAUACGGUAGAUCAUAACAAUAGAAUACUAACAAACAGAUUAUAAGCAAAACAGUUCUUACUGAAGGAUGUUAACUACUAGUCAUCACUUUUUAAAGGGGAUAAAUUAAAAUAACUGUAUCACAUUUAUGUACCUAAGUAUUUUCUAAAUUUGUGAUCCUUGUGACUUCUAAAUAUAUAAUCCUUUUAAUAGCCCAUCAGAGAGAUACUAUUUGGCACUUUCAGAAAAACAAUUCUAUGUAUAUGAUCAAAUCUGAGGGGAAAUGGCUUAGACAGUGUCAUGCCAGUGAUGCACCAUGUGUCACAAAGCAGGGGCGGGCUGGUAUGGGGGGCAGGGAGGCAAUUGCCAACCUAAAUCCAGGGCCGGUGCGUCCAUUAGGCGGAACAGGCAGGCGCCUUACAGCGCACCGGCUCUGGGGGUGCACAGUGACAGAUCCUGGACAGGGGGGGCAGCUGGGCACUUGCUGAUGCUCUCUCCUACAGGGCCGGUGCUAUCCAAUCGCCAUCCAAGCACCGGCCCUGCUGUGUGCCUUCACGGACCGGAGGGGAGGUCAGAGAUCUCCCUCACAGGUCCGCAGGCACUUGGCUGGUGGCCAGCAGGGGAGGUAGAGGAGACCCGUGAGCUCUAGCUUGCAGCUCUGCCGGGUCUCCUCUCUCAAGCACAGAUCUUGUCAAUGCUCUAUUCUAAGAAGAAGUAAGAAGGGAGGGCGGAUAUAAAGAAUAUCUUUUAAUUAAAAAAUAAACAUUUGUUUUAAUCAGCCCCCUCUGCCAACUACACACACACUGCCCCCACAGUCCCCCAUACACACACUGCACCCCACACACUGCCCCCACUGCAUCCUCAUACACCCACUGCUCCCUCAUUCACCCACUGCUCCCCCACUGUACCACCAUACACACACUUCUCCUCCACACACACGCUGCAUCUCCAUACACACAGUGCUCCCCCACACAAAAAAUACACCCUUAUACACACAUUGCCCCCACUGCACUCCCAUACACAUACUUCUCCCCCAUAUACACAGUGCUCCCACUGCACCCCAUAUAUACACUGCACUCCCAUGCACACACUACACCCCUCUCACACACUGCACCCCUAACAGACACUGCCUCCCAUACCCACCCUACAUCCCACACACACACUCACUGCCCUGGGUGCGCAAGAUUCUAGUGACAGGCAAGAGGGAAGCACUCCCUCCUAGUGGGUGGAAGUUAGUGAGGAAUUAGGAAAUUUUGUAUUAGGCUAGCUAGGGGUUAACGUUAAAAAAGUUUUUUUUAAAUGUUUUAAUAACGUUUUAAGAAGUAAAGAAAAUCCCACCCCCCACCCUUUACCCAGUCCUAAUAAAAAUUAACCCCUUCCCAGCCAGUUGAUCACUGCCCACAGUGAUCAAAAUAAAGAUCACAGUAUUAUACUGUGAUGUGAUUUUUUUUUUUAACCCCUGAGGGUUAACUUUUAUUUAUUUUUUAACCCUCAGGGUUUAAUUUAUUUCAUAAAAUAAAUUAAAUAUUUUAAAAUUAUAUAUUUUGCUAGCUGGGGUGGGUGGGUGUAAUGGAAAAUUGGGGAAUUUACUAUUAGUGCUGCUUACUGCUAGUUAGGGUUUAACAGUAAAAAAAAGUUACAAAAUUUUAAAAAAGUGUCAAAGUUUUAAGAAAGUUUAACUAUUAGUGCUGCUUACUGCUAGUUAGGGUUUAACGGUAAAAAAAAGUUAAAUUUUUUUUUAAAAGUGUCAAAAAAGUUUUAAGAAAGUUUAAAAAAGUUAAAAAAAUUAAUAAACAAAAAAGUUUAAAAACAAGUUUUAAAAAGUAAAAAAAUACAUUAAAAAAUGCUCAUUACCACUACACCUGGAACAAACGAGCGGAAAAAUUAACCCACGCUAAAAUUCAAAAAUGGCUUGUGCCUUUAAGGGUAAGACAAGCUUUUGAAGCUGUGUCCUUAAGGGGUUAGUGAUUGUUCUUGUUUAUAGAUCACAUUUUGGUCUUAUUGUUAUGAUGCUAAUCCCUCUUCAAGUAACAGACUGUGGUGUAAUUGUUAAAAGGAUAGUUUCCCGACAGAUUGUGAUGUAAUAGUUAAAAACAUAGUUUAAAGAUGAGCUUGUGCUGUCAUUAUUAAUUUUAUAAUGCUGUUUUUUCCACACCAAGAUGCACAUUCAAUCACACAGUUAAAAUAUGGAUAUUGAUUCUUUGCAGACAUUGCAGUUUGCCAAAGACAUUGAAAGUGAAGUAAACGGCCAUAAAAUAACAAGACAGAAUCUGGACACAGCCCGAUCUUUAGUGAAAGAGAAGGAACGGCUUUUAAAAGAAAGUAAAAUACAGUAUGAGAAAGCGACUCGGGAGUUAACAAAUCAGGUUGGUGCCAUGUCCUCUGGGAACAUUUUUUUGCAGGGAAUAGCUAAUGUGUGCCUUGUUGGUCAUGCCCUGAUUUACACCUUUAAUCCUUAAUGCUAUGACAAAAAUAUAAAUAAAAGGCAAUCUAAAAGAUGUAAAUACAUUCUACAGAAGGAUAGCAAUCUAAUUGUAGACCUGUGCAGUUUAAAACAGUAUAAUAUGUUUAUGUUAUGUCAAACACUGAAUGUAAGUGAAAGGAAGAGAAACAAACAAAAAAAGAAACCAUAUUCAUAAUAGGACAAGUUAAAGGGUCACUACAGUCACCAAAACAACUUUAGCUUAAUGAAGCAGAUUUUGUAUAUAGAUCAUGCCUUUGAAGUCUUACUCCUCAAUUAUCUGCAAUUUAAGAGUUGUUAGGCUGCUGAAAAUUCACCACAGGGUCUCAUAAACCCUUACACUGCCAUGGACUUAUGCACUAACAUGUUUCUGCUUACGAACACGUUUCUGCUUUCCUUGUCUUUGUGUAAAAUCAGCUACUGGGAAUACUCAAUGAACAUCAAUCAGAUGGGUUAUCAAUAAGUAUUUAAAGGUUUAAUGUGUCGUACAUCGUAUAUAUAAAAUGGCAUUAGUCUACUGCGCAUGUGUACAUGAAAACAAGGGACAGUUGCUUACUUGAGAGUCUUAUCUACAAGGUUAAAGCAAAAGUAACAUUUCAUGAGAAAGAAGAAGAAGCAGCUGCAGAAACUGCUGACACAAACAUGAGUGAAGAAUUUAGCUUUUAACCCCUGCAGACGUGGAAGGACCUAACUAGGGCGAAGGUUUUAACCCUUUAUUUACUUUUAUCCAUGACAAUUCCCCUCUUCUAGGGACCCCAGGUGAGAGUUCUAGGCAAGGUAUAUCCAGGUAUACUAGUUAUACCUGUAGGACUUUAAUUAGAUAUUCAUCUAGGUUCCCUUGCCAUCUCACACUAAAGGAGCCAUCCAGUAAGACUUGUCCAGAUAUCUGUGGGUUACAGAAUAAUACGUGUUCUAACUCCACGUCUCAUUUUGCAAUAUAUCCAUAGGUUAAAACAGGUACGAAGAAAGAAAAGACAUAUCACAACAAUUAGUGGGUACAGUACUAUGUUUAAGACUCCUUUAGCGGAGGAAGACCACCCUAUAGAAAUAUCAUACCAGUGAUGUCUUGUAUCUACCAUUAUCAUGUAUUUUAAUCAGGCCUACUGACCAUUUGGUCUUAAGCUAUAUAAACAGUAUUACUUUAGCUAUGUAAUAAGAAAUAUAGAAGACGAAAGCAGGACAUGAGACUGACACCCUUUAACAUAAAAUAUAUAGCUCUGUAUGUCAAGGGGAAUAUUCACUAAGCAUUGCAUAGGUAAAACAAUUCAUUUUCCAUCAGGAGUUAAAUUAUUAUUUUUUCUGUCCAUGCAGCCCUAGCUGGCUAUAUGGGUGUGCAAGCUGUGCGACAUGCUAGUAAAUGCCCGGGGUUGCUGCUGCACACUGAGGGGGAAGCAGGAAGGAAUCCCUGCUACCCCAACACCUAGACACUAGGGACUGCACUGCCUCCUCCCCCCUCCAAUCCACAUAAUGGAAAGAGGUAACUGUUUGUGACUCUGUAUAUGUGACUGUCUGUGUGAGUGUUACUGUCUGUCUGUAACUGUGUGCAUGUGUGUGUGACUGUCUGUCUGUAACUUUGUGUGUGACUGCCUGUAACUGCGGGGGGGUGUGACUGUCUGCCUGUAACUGAGUGUGUGACUGUCUGCCUGUAACUAUGUGUGUGACAGUCUGCCUGUUACUGUGUGUGUAACUGUUUGCCUGUAACUGCGUGUGGCUGGUUGCCUGUAAAUGUGUGUGCGUGACUGUCUGUCUGUAAAUGUGUGUGCGUGACUGUAUGCCUGUGACUGUGUGUGACUGUCUGCCUGUAAAUGUGUGUGUAUGUCUGUGACUCUGUUUGUGACUGCCUGUAACUGUGUGUGUGACAGCCUGUACCUGUGAUUGUGCGUGUGACUGUCUGCUUUUAACUGUGUGUGGCUGCCUGUAACUGUGUAACUGCCUGUAAGUGUGUGUGUGUAACUGUCUACUUGUAACUGUGUGUGUGACUGUCUGACUGUAACUGUGUGUGUGACUGUGCAAAUGACUACGUGCCUUGAACUUUGUGCAUGUGGCUGUAUUUAACAGUGUAUGUGUAUAACUAUGUGCAUCUGACACAGCCUUUAUGAAUAAAAAUAUGGUUUCAUUUUCAAUCAGAUGUUAACAUGCUUUAGACUUUUUUUACCUCCUGCUCUGUAAAUUGAACUUUAAUCACACACAGGAGGGUCCUGUAAGGUGAAACAAGUUUUUUAACAGAGCAGGAGAUAAGAAAUUCUAGAUUAAACAGACUGUAGGCAAUAAAGGAAAUGUAAACAUUGGAAAACUUAUUAUAGGAAGUGUUUAGGAAGGCUGUGCAACCUACAUGCAGGGAGGUGUGACAUUGGCUGCAUAAACAAAUUGAUUUAACUCCUAAAUGGCAGAGAAUUGGACAGUAAGACUCACAGGGCAUGAUCUAUACACCAAACCGCUUCACUAAACUAAAGUUGUUUUGUUGACUAUAGUGUCCCUUUAACGGGUUACUCCAAGCAUCAUAACAGCUACAGCUUGCUGUAGUCGUUAUGAUGUGAGAAGUACCCCAGGCUCCUUUCCCAAUAAUGGAGAAAAAACGAUUUGUAACUGUUUGCCCUUUUACCUGAGUUUCCGCUGUGGUUUCUUCCUGCUCUAGUAAUGCCCAUAUGACUUCUGCUUUAAUUAUAAUAUUCAGGGGGGAGGACCUAGUAUUUGUUGGCCCACAAAAGACCAAAUAAAUGUCCAUAAUUCCCAACGCAACUAUUAAAAAUUAUUAUUUUUUUUAAAUUACACAAAAAAAAAAACAAGCAAAAAUGACAGACAGACAGAAAAAAAAUUAGAAACAUGAUGGGGCAUUUUCCAUUGUCUCUUUACUAAUGAGAAAUUUGUUUUUGUACACAUGCCAUUUAUGUUACCCUAAGCUUUGUUGUAACAUUGUAAUUUACCGGGGGAUCUUUUGAAAUUUGUUUUAAUACAGUAUGAAGAGAGAGUUACAUCAGUAAUGGAAGAGAGUCAACAGCAAGUAUAUAUCAGGGAUGAAAAGAUUAGCAAACUAAAACAUCAGAUCUCCGAACUAUUUAAAGAAAAAUCAUGGUACAUUUAACACAUGAAUACGUUAUAUAAUUUACAUGCACAAUUUCAGUUAUUACAUCAUGUACUUACACAUUCUUCCAAAGACGUGCUUAAUUGCAUUGCAGUGUAGUUAUUUAAUCAUCUUUUCUUUGCUCUUUGGAACAAUAUCAAGUUACUAACAGCAUUUACUAACAGCUUUUUCAACUACUGAUUUUUGCUUUUAAACUAAAAGCACUAAAACAUAUAAUCUGCACAUAGCAUGGUUGUGAAACAUAGCACUUGAAUUGACUAAAGGGUUAAUUUUAAAACUAUAUAUUAAUUGUACAAUAUCACUUGCUGUUAUAACAAAAAUCCUCUUAUGGAUGCACCAUCUUCAGUAAUGAGUCCCUGGCAUUACAUAAUGAAACUUGGGACUAGUAGGAAUACUAUAUAAAAAUAUUGAUUGGCAAGACUAACACGCAGGCAUUCUAUUCUAUGAUGGCAGCAGAACAGCUGACUUAAAUUUUCUGGGGUCUGCCAAGCAAGUCGGCAAUUACUAAAUUUUUGAAAAUGCUGCAGCCGGAAUCAGUAGCCAUUAAAUAUAUGGUAGCAUUCCAGCUGGGAUUUAAACAUUAAAAGGAGACUGCAGAUGACAUAUAAUCUAUAAUAUAUAGAAACGUUUUCUUAGUACAGCUCAUCAGAAAAUAAAGGGAAAUUAUAUAUUUGUCACAAAUGCAUGAAUCAAUUAUUAAUGUUUUUUAUAUUUACGAUUUUCGUGUAAUGCAUCUCUGUACAUUUGUCCACUAUAGUUUAUUUAACUGCAGUUUGUGCCAUUGGGCACUGACAGGCAAAAAGGUUCAUUUCAAAGCCUAUAAAUCCUAUAAGCUAUAAAAAGAGCACAACAGGGCACACCCAAACAAAAAGAUGUAUAGUUUAAAAACAUAGUACGAAAUGAAGAGAAAAACUACUGUCCAGUGGCCUAGUACGAAGUUUAAAAAUUAACUUUUAAUAUAUCAAAAACUAAAAAAGAGCUAGACUAUAUCUGGCUCUUAGUGGGUCAACACAAAAUCAAACCAAACAAUUUGGGGUAAGGGAGGGAAAAGGACACAUGUAAAGGAAGGGGAAUAUAUACAAAAGGUCAGCUGGCAGUUAUCCCCGAAGUGAUAGUGUGUGCAAACAAUUGCCAAACUGCUAAUGAUAUUGCAGAUAUGCGUGAAAUAACAGCUAGGCAAGCUCCUAACUGUAGCUAGAUACCCGCAGUCAUCCACUGCUUCCAAUAAAGAGAAGGGAUAUAGCUCACAGCAUCGACUGCUGUCCAUAGUGUCUAGCAGGAGAGCUGUGCACUGGAGGUGACAUCAAACAUUUCGAGAGACUGAAUGCAGAAACCCAAGACCCACAGGGGACCGCUCAGCUAUUGUGAUGUCAUCAACUGUCAUGAGUGGGAUGUGAUGUCACAAUGGUGCAUGUCAAUCUUACAUCCUUGUUUCUAUAAUUUAGAUACAAAAAAGUUUCAGUAAUUUCAGUAAUAUAUUGUGCAUAAAUACUGUAAGUUAUUAUGGGUUUUUGGAUUUUACUGCAUGGACAUUUAUUCAAUAAAGAAGAUAUUCCACAUAUCCAUAAUACCAGUCAUUAGCAAAAGCAUUGAUUAGAUUCAGGCAGAUUACAUUUGUCUUCAAUACUGAUCAAACUGAAUAUUGUCUUGUUAGAUGAUAGAGAUAGAUAUUUAGAAAUGUUUUUCACCACAUUGUCCAUCAGGGAACAUCAGCAGCAGAUCGAGGACUAUCAGAAGGAAGUAGCUCAAUUAACAGAAGAAAUUCAACUUCUUCGAUUACAGUUGAAAAAACACAGCACACCUAAAAAGGUAAGAUUACAUAGGCAUUCUAAAAACUGCCACCUGAUCCCAACCACUUUUAUGCAAGGUGGAAUUUUAUUUUCCAAUUGAAUAUCUCAUAUGUUAAAAUCCACUGACUGAGAUUUAUUGGCCACUGACUGUUGUUUCAGAUGAACAUGGUGGACACAAAUAUCAAAUUAGUCAUAUUACCCGUUACUGACUAGAGUUUCUGGUACAGCCAGGGCAGGAUUAACAUAGGGGCUGAUGAAGCUGCAGCUCCAGGCCCAGGCUCAGGCCCAUUGAAUAGGCCCAUUUAAAAAAAAAAAAAAGUUUUUUGUUUUUUUUUUUGCACACUGCUCUUAGGUUUGUCACCUGACUGGUAUUUUAAGUCCAGACAGCUGAGACACAUUGGGGCACUGUGAGACAUAGGGAGACACUAGGGACACAGUAUCUCCAUUCUUCCCAGCCAGUGUCCCCUAAUAUCCCAGUGUCCCCUAGUCUCCUAGUGUCCCCCAGUGUCCCCAAAUGUCUGUGUCCCCAUAUCUCCCAGUCAGUGUCCCUAGUGUCUCAGUGUCCCCAUGUCUCCCAGUGUCUGUGUCCCUAUGUCUCCGUGUCUCUAGUGUCCCCAUGUCUCCCUGUGUCCCCAUGUCUAUGUCCACAAGUGCCCCCAUGUCUCCCAGUGUCUCCAAGUGUUUGUGUCCCCAUGCCUCCCAGCCAGUGUCCCUAGUGUCUCAGUGUCCCUAUGUCUCCCAGUGUCCCCUAGCCUCCCAGUGUCUGUGUUCCCAUGUCUCUCAGUGUCUGUGUCCCCAUGUCUCUGUGUCCCUAGUGUCUGUGACCUCAUUUCUCCCAGUGUUGCCAAAUGUCUCAGUGUCCCCAUGUCUCCCAGUGUCUCCAAGUCUCCCAGUGUCCCCAUGUCUGUAUCCACAAGUGCCCCAAUGUCUCCUAGUGUCCCCAAGUGUCUCAGUUCUCCAAUGUCUCCCAGCAUCCCCAAGUGUCUCAGUGUCCCUGAGUUUCUCAGUGUGCACAUGUCUCACUUUGUCCCCAUGUCUCUCAGUGUCCCCUAGUAUCCUUGUGACAUGGGACACACUGAGACAUAGGGACACUGGGAGAAAUGGGGACACAGACACUGGGAGACUAGGGGACUGGGUGAUAUGGGGACACUGACACUGUGAUACAUAGGGACACUGACGCCGGGCUUGCCUUCCAAUUCUUUGGACAGACAUUCCCCCUUUUUGGGCAUGUUCGCCCCUUUUGGCAGUUAUGGUCACGUGAUUCGCGUCAGUGGCCCACCCUUUUACCCCACCCGUUGACUUCCUGCUUCACUGGACACUGCUGUAAGGGGGUAUGGAUUUACUUGAAAGAUGAAAACAUAAAUUAGAGAUAGAUUAGCAUAGAGUAUGUGUUUUCUUAUAGCUGCAUCCUUUGAGUUUCCCUCCAACACCAACUCCAUCAGAUACAUGAUGCUUGAGAGGUAUGACAGUUUUAGUGUUUUUGGUCGAUACAUUAUGUAAUUAGGCCCAUCAUAAUUGUCAGCACCAGGCCCACUGGGCUCUUAAUCUGGCCCUGGGUACAGCCCUCAUUCCGAUCUUAUCUUGUAAGUGUGUUUCCUGUCCUGUGAAUUCUAUGCCCAUUCCUAGUAUAUAAAAAUACUGCACUAUUAUAUUGGUAAUUACAUUUUUAUGUGUUCUGCAAUACUGGAAUAUUGGACAUCAUGAAAAAUAACUGUACUUUUGGAUAUUUUCACUGUCUUGCAUACCAAUAUUUAUUUUCUAUUAUUGUUAAAACACAUCAAAUAAGGAAAUUGUUAAUUACAUUGUAUUUUGUUAGUAGCACACAGAUGGCAUGGCUUGCUUUAGUCUGUUACUGUCCGCUAGAUGGUGCGAAAGAGAGAUAAAUAGCUCCUAUGAGGUUUUUUUAUUAAUUAGUAAAAACUGUCUACUCAGGAAUAUACACGGACGGAGUCUAAUUAGUGGGUGCGAUCUCAUAGUAAGGAGUUCUUCUGCCAGUUCACUCUGAUCUGGGGAUCUACAGAUCUUUCCUCUUGUUUCGUCUUACUAUAGCAUCCACAGCUGUAAGCAAUGGAAAUGCCCUCCUUUUUGCCAUCUGUUAGUUUCUAAUUCUCCAUACACUAGGUAAAGCUAGUGAAGCAGGGCCUCAAGCAGCAUAAUCACUAUUGGCACCAGAAUGAGUGCAAACUGGGCUAGUUUACAUUUGAAGGUGUGCUUAAUGCUAUAGACUUUUAAAUUGCUCCAUUUCUACCUCAUUACUCUACAUUCCACCCCAUGCCUACAUUGGAUGCACAGCGCUAGUGAAGUACAUUAAAGGGACAUUUUAGUCACCAGAACAACUACAGCUUAAUGUAGUUGUUCUGGAGAGUAUAAUAGUUCCCUUCAGGCAUUUUCAUGCAAACACUGCAUUUUUAGAGAAAAGGCAGUGUUUACAUUGCACCUUAGGGAUACCUCCUGUGGUCACUCCUCAGAUGGCCACUGGAGGUGCUUCCUGUGGUAGUGUGGCUGUUUAGUGUCUCCCUGCUCUGCAUGGAGAUGCUGAAUUUUCCUCAUAGAGAUGCCUUGAUUCAAUGCAUCUGUAUUAGGAGGUGCUGAUUGGCCAAAAACAGGGUUUGGUCCCAUGCCCAUCCAGCCUCCUUGCUGAUUUCAGCCAAUCCAAUGCUUUCUCUUUUUAGGGCAGCAUCCAUCAAAUCAAACCUUAUAAAUGGACAAUAAAUCUCCUUGAAAAAGUCUCCGGUAAUAGCACUACUGCAAAUAAUUCUUAAAGGCAAAAAAUACUGAUUAGAUGUAACUUGGGGAAAAUCAUUAACCUUUUUAACAUUGAAAAACAAAAUUAACAAAUAAAACAUGACAAUUGUUGAGUUACACUUUGUUGGGAUGAAGUUCAUUAACAACCUGGACCUCUUUUUUAGCAAAGCAAGGCAAAAAAUAUAUAACAUAGCUCACUGAACCUUUAAACUAAAAUAUAUUUGUGAAACUUUGAUUUUAGUGAAUAAAUAUAUUUAUAAAUAAUAUAUAUAUUUUUUUUAAUUAUUUUAAAAAAAAAUUCUACCACUGCCAUCAACUACUGUGAUCAUGUAGCUAAAACUCAUUUUAUUUGUAUCAGAAGAUGUAAAUUCCAUUUUGCACUUUUAGGAAUGUGAGCAAUGCAAAUCCUUACUAUCAGUCCUGGAGGACAGAAAUCUUAAGCUUAAACUGAAGAAUAGGACUAUAGAGGAGCUGCACUCUAUAUGCCAAAGAUUUGAAAAACAACUCAAGGAACAAGUAUGUCAUUUUUUUAAAUUUUUUUUUAUUCUUUAUUUUUGUUGCGCAGGUGAGUACAAAAACAGUGACAAACGCCACAACAGCGUACACGUAUAAAUAAACAGGCUCAACAGUGGCAUAGAUAAUUGCACAUUUUUUUUUUGUUUUGGUGUGCAGGCUUAACAAAUGUAUGCUAGCUACAGAAAAAAGUAAUCUGGUACAGCUAGAGGUCAAUUGUCAUGCAAUCUGGUUGAGAUUGAGAUGUAGGCAUCAGAUACUAAAAUUAACGUAACAGUGGAAUCAGUAUUCUUGUCGUAAGUUGGGCGGGCACCCUUAACAGAGACAUUCAUAUCUUUAGUAAAAUAAAACAUAUGAUAAUAUCAUGCAUGGUUAGUUUAAAGUCGUUUACGUAGAGGCAGAAGCUGGCAUAACAUACGUGUAUGAUACCGGUAUCACUGAAUAGGCAGCAGUAAAUUACCUAUCUCAGUUUUAAUUCUUUAUAAAUGCUUAGUUAACCGUAGGGUACCAAUAGUUUGACAAUUUUGAGCAAUCCGUAACGUGGUUGUCUUAACGACAAGCUUGAUGUGUUGAAUCAGUUAAGUAGUGUGCUUAUUAUGUGAGGCUGACUCAUAUGCACCUCUGACUGUUGCAGACCUAUUGUCAGUUUAGUAUGUAUGUGAAAUCUUAAGUGUGAGGUGUAGCUUGCAACGCCUUCUUUGUCUAGGACAUUAGUGGAACUCUGUCACAGUGUCCGGAGGCGGGGAGGGCGGGGUAUUAAACAUAUGUGUCAUGGCUGCCUUGUUAUACCAUCAUGUGUGACAAGUGUAACAUAGUGUAAAAUAAAUGUCACAUUAUCGGAGGAGUCAAACAGAGUGGAGAACAAAACAUUUGAAAAUUAAACAUAUCCCUGCAAGGUAGGGCUGAGUGUAGGACUGUCCUCAGGAUGUUGUUGCUGCAUAUGAGUCCGGCAGGGCACCCCGUGGGAUGAAUGGGGUGAUCUUUGCUGGAUUCCAAGCGUGUGGGGGACCAGGAUCGGUGGUGGGUCCUUUAUUGCUCAGACUGUCUUGGGGGAGGCCCAGGGCUUGUAAUAGUGGUGUUGCUUCGUGGAUGUCUUGGAGGAGAUGCGUGGAAUCUCCGUGUGUUACCAUGAGCGUGCGAGACAUACGCCAACGGUAGCGUAUAUUCUUUUUCUGGAGGAGGGCGGUGAGAGGCCUGAGGGACCUCCGCCAAGCCAGGGUGCUGUUUGAAAGGUCCUGGUAGAAGGCCAGCGACAUGCCUUCCAUUUGGUAUGAGGACGUUCCUUUGAGGGCCGUAAGAACUGCUGCUUUGUCUAUUCCCGAUUUGAAUUGGACCACCAGGUCCCGUUGGAAUGUUGCUGGAGCCUUGGCCGGUUUGGGGGUUCGGAAUAGGCCGUCCAGUUGUAUAGCUUUAGCCUGCCGUGGGGGAAGUAGUGCGGCUAUAAGUCUCCGCAUUAGAUGUGUUAACUCAGGUAUGUCCUCCGGGAUACCUCUAACUUUCAGGUUAUUCCGGCGUCGGGCGUCUUCUUGUGCCGCAAAGCGGCGGUCAUACAGUUGGUUCUGUUUUUGCAAGUCUCUGACCUCUUGUUGUAGUGUUUCCAUGCUUUGUGAGCUUGUGCGCGAGGCUUCCUCCAGCACUCCGAUGCGGCCCGUGAGGCCCUGCAGGCCACUGCGGAUCGUGGCUAUGUCUGCCUGCAGUGCAGUUUUCAGGUUGUCCAGCAGCUCCUUUAGGACGGCCGUGGUGACCGGAGCUGCAUCCGGAGUAGUCAAGCCUGGUUUUGGUUUUGGGGUGGCAGGUAGGAUGUCAUCUUCCCCGUCCAUGGAUAGCUCGUCGGAAAAAUCCGAACAGCCCCCAGUGAGAGCGGCCAUUUUAGGCCCGUACGCUCCCUGCGCCUGCUUCCAUAGUUCUCCGAUAUCCAUUCCCAUGGUCGGUUUAUCUGGUUUAGUUUUUUUUGAUUUGCGCCCCAUGGUGCCUAUACUACUAUACUACUCUCCAGGGUCAGUUAGUGGUGGUUUUGAUGGCUGAAAUUAGGCUUUUUGUGGCAUAUAGCUUGGAGCUUCAGGGACAUGCGACCGAUUGCUUCAGCGGUUUAGCUCCGCCCCCCAAGUAUGUCAUUUUUAAUAUUUUUUUUUUAUAUAUAUAAGUUCUCCUUUUAAGGCGUAUCACUGGCCUUAGGGGUGUGCAACUUGUGCAAUGGCACAGGGCACAAACUCCAAGCAGGUGCCACUGCCACGUCACAUUGAAUGCAGCAGCAAGAGAUACAGCUGUCAUAGUCUAAUAACCGAUAUUCCACCCCCGUGCAAUGUGAUAUGAUUUAAUACACCAACUUUUUAGGUUAUAAACUAGUAAAUUACAAGAAAAUGAUGUAAUACAAAGGAUAUUGGUGUGUCGCACAUUGAUGACUAGUUAAGCAAGAACAGGGAACCUUGAUCAUUUAGCUGCUGUGUGCCACAUUUCCUUUAAUUCCAAGAACAACAGCUAGAGGGCCAUGUUUGGACUGUCCUGGGUCGAUGGUGUAGGAUCAAGCUGCUUUUCAUUGAAUAAUUAACUUAUUCUACUAAGCACUAAACAUGUGCAAUUAGUUUCGGUCUGAAUGUGAAUUCGGACGGAUUUCGGGCAAUUCGGACAUUGGGGUACUUCCGAAUGUCCGAAUAGAUGAAUUGCCGAAUGGUUGAAGUACCGAAAUUACGAAAUUACUGAAUUUGCGGAGUGUCGAAGUGCCGAAGUUCUGAAGUGCCGAAGUUGCUGAAGUUCCGAAGUGUCGAAGUGCCAAAGUUCCGAAGCACAGUAUUGCCUAAGAACUAAUAUACUUACCCAGUGGAAGAAUGAAGAAUGUUACACUGUAUACAAUUUUAAAUAAAAAGUAUACAAACAUAGCCAGGAUUCAGCUGUAAGCAUUUGCAACACUUACAACAAUCAAGUAACAUACAUUCAUAUAAAAUGUAAGUUACUUGGCCAGUCAAUGUAAUGACAGGAAUGAAUAAGUAGAUAACUGCAUAAUUCCCACAGUUUUAGGGAGCUAUCUACUAAAAGGCUGAAAAAUCUAAAUUGGUCUUUCAGCCAAAUUUAUUAAUACUAAGUAGUGAUGUCGCGAACAUGAAAUUUUCGGUUCGCGAACGGCGAACGCGAAUUUCGGCAAAUGUUCGCGAACCUGCGAACCGCCAUAGGCUUCAAUAGGCAGGCGAAUUUUAAAACACACAGGGACUCUUUCUGGCCACAAUAGUGAUGGAAAAGUUGUUUCAAGGGGACUAACACCUGGACUGUGGCAUGCAAACUCCGAUCCGCAGCUGCAUCUUGCAGCCGCUUAGUAGAUAACUCCCUAAUUCCCACGGUAUUAGAGAGCUAUCUACUAAAAGGCUGAAAGACCUAAAUUGGUCUUUCAGCCACAUUUACUAAUACUAAGUAAAGAUUACUUAGUAUUAGUAAAUUCUGCCCCGUCUAGUAAGCAGUGAGCAGCCAGUGGCUGCUCACUGUAAAAAACAAAACAAAAAAACCUAUUGCCCCCACCCCUGUGCGACGGGUGGGGGCCAUAAAUUACAAUGGGGGGAGGACCUAAUGUCCUCCCCCCCGGCCCCCACCCCUGGGCGGCGGGUGGGGGCCAUAAAGAUAAUGAGGGGGGGACACCUACUGUCCUCCCCCCGGCCCCCACCCCUGGGCGGCGGGUGGGGGCCAUAAAGAUAAUGAGGGGGGGGCCUACUGUCCUCCCCCCCCACCCCAUCCCCUGCGCGGUGGGUGGGGGCCAUAAAAAUAAUGAGGGGGGGACCUACUGUCCUCCCCCCCCGGCCCCCACCCCUGCGCGGUGGGUGGGGGCAAAUAAAUCACAAUGGGGGGGACCUAAGGUCCUCCACCCUGGCCCCCACCCCUGAGCGGCAGGUGGGAGCCCUAAAUACUAAAAAGGGGGGGGGGACCUAAGGUCCUCCCCCCCUGGCCCCCUCCCCUGAGCGGCGGGUGGGGGCCCUAAAUACUAAAAGGGGGGGGACCUAAGGUCCUCCCCCCCGGCCCCCACCCCUGAGCGGCGGGUGGGGGCCCUAAAUACUAAAAGGGGGGGGACCUAAGGUCCUCCCCUCCGGCCCCCACCCCUGAGCGGCGGGUGGGGGCCCUAAAUACUAAAAAGGGGGGGACCUAAUGUCCUCCCCCCCGGCCCCCACCCCUGAGCGGCGGGUGGGGGCCCUAAAUACUAAAAAGGGGGGACGACCUAAUGUCCUCCCCCCCGGCCCCCACCCCUGAGCGGCGGGUGGGCGCCCUAAAAAAUGUGUCCCCAAACCCCUAGUCACCCCCUCCCCCCCCAAAAAAAAAUUAACCCCCUACCUACCCCCCUCACCCUAAAAAUAAUGAGGGGGGGACCGUUAACUAAGUACCUGUAAAAAAAAAACAAAAAAACUUACCAUUCGAUGUUUUCUUUCUUCUAAAUCUUCUUUUUUCAGCCCCAAAAAAGGCCAAAUAAAAAACCAUAAUAACCGACGCAAUUAAAAAAAAAAAAAAAAACGAGCACAAAAAAAAUUAUCCAUCUUCACAAGGCGAGGGCUCCGCCCAGACUGAGCUCUGCAGGGCUGGGGAAGGCUUAUAAAGCCUUGCCCCGCCCUGCAAUUAGGCUCAGAGCACUCUGAUUGGUGGGUUUAAGCCAUCCAAUCAGAGUGCUCUGACAGGUAAAUGAAGAGACUGACAGGUAAGUCUCUACAUUUACCUGUCACAUCACUCUGAUUGGUUGGUUUUAAAUCCACCAAUCAGAGUGCUCUGUGUCAUUUUACACAGCGUGGGAAAGUUCUUUGGAAUUUUCCCACGCUGUGUAAUUUGACUCAUAACAACACUCUGAUUGGUGGAUUGAAAGUAACCAAUCAGAGUGUUAUGAGUCAAAUUACACAGCGUGUAGGUCCCCCCUGGCCCCCUCCCCUGAGCGGCGGGUGGGGGCCCUAAAUACUAAAAGGGGGGGGACCUAAGGUCCUCCCCCCCGGCCCCCACCCCUGAGCGGCGGGUGGGGGCCCUAAAUACUAAAAUACUAAGGUCCUCCCCCCCGGCCCCCACCCCUGAACGGUGGGGGCCCUACAGUAAAAUAAGGGGGGGGACCUAAUGUCCUCCCCCCUGGCCCCCACCCCUGAGCAGUGGGUGGGGGCACUACAGUAAAAUAAGGGGGGGACCUAAUGUUCCUCUCCCCUGGCCCCCACCCCUGAGCGGUGGGUGGGGGCCCUAAAUACUAAUAAGGGGGGGACCUAAUGUCCUCCCCUCUGGCCCCCACCCCUGAGCGGUGGGUGGGGGCCCUAAAUACUAAAAGGGGGGGGACCUAAUGUCCUCCCCCCUGACCCCCACCCUUGAGCGGCGGGUGGGGGCCCUAAAUUGGAAUAAGGGGGGCACCUAAUGUCCUCCCCCCUGGCCCCCACCCCUGAGAGGUGGGUGGGGGCCCUAAAUACUAAUAAGGGGGGGACCUAAUGUCCUCCCCCCUGGCCCCCACCCCUGAGGUCUGACUGUUUGGUAGUUUCAUUCCCUUACUUGUUAGAUUGAUUCUACCGAACAAUCAGACCAAUACAAUACAUUUCUACACAUAUAACUUGCCAUUUACACGAAUGCAGUUAAAACCUAUACAAUUCCCAGGACAGCCCAGUGCCAUCCGCUACAGAUACCUAUUUAAUAGUAAGCAGCAUCUGCAAGGGCCAAGUAAGGACAUGUUGGAGUAUAAUGGUCUUUUGAGAGUUCCUUUUAAAAAAUUUUCUUUCCAAAUUUAUACAAUGCAUAGGAGACAUCCGUGAGCUGGAUCCAGUAAUAUAUUUAGAUUUUAGGUUGUGCUAGGCCCUGACAAUUUGAAACCUUAUAAUUUACUGCACUACCUAUCACGCUCACCUAUACAAAAUCAGCCGCUCUCACCCACGUAUACUUGACAAGACACUUACAGGAACACUAUAGCGUUAGGAAUACAAAUUUGUAUUCCUAGCGCUAUAGUGCUCUGGUAGCUGUUUAAGUCCGUAGCCCCCACCUGUGGGAGUAAAAAAUUAGUUUACUUACCUUUUCUGCCUUACUUUACCAUGCUCCGCACUGCUGUCCUGCCUCAAUGAUAUUAGCUAAUGCAAAGCUUUCCCAUAGAAAAAGUAUUAAGAGUCUAGUGACAAUAUUCACUUGCAUGGAUAAAACUAUGUGAGGGAGUGGUCUGUGUGUCUAUAGUGUCCCUUUUAUUAGCUAAUUACACAGCAAAUUAGCCCUAUACAUAUUUACAGAAACUGCCCAACACACAAACAUGGCAUACAUGCUUACAUAAACAAAUCGUCAAAAGCACAGUAUAGAAACAUAGAAUGUGAUGGCAGAUAAGAACCAAUCGGCCCAUCUAGUCUGCCCAAUUUUCUAAAUACUUUCGUUAGUCCCUGGCCUUAUCUUAUAGUUAGGAUAGCCUUAUGCCUAUCCCACGCAUGCUUAAACUCCUUUACUGUGUUAACCUCUACCACUUCAGCUGGAAGGCUAUUCUAUGCAUCCACUACCCUCUCAGUAAAGUAAUACUUCCUGAUAUUAUUUUUAAACCUUUGUCCCUCUAGUUUAAGACUAUGUCCUCUUGUUGUGGUAGUUUUUCUUAUUUUAAAUAUAGUCUCCUCCUUUACUGUGUUGAUUCCCUUUAUGUAUUUAAAUGUUUCUAUCAUAUCCCCCCUGUCUCAUCUUUCCUCCAAGCUAUACAUGUUAAGUAUAGUAUAUAGCAUGCCUAUAUACAAAAAUUAUUAAACGCAUAUUUACCAAAAUGCAUAAAUAGCCAUUCACACAACCCUUGCCAAACUGUGUUAGAAAGACUCAGGAGUGUGGGCACAUGAUUAACUACUCUCACACUGCAUUUGGAGUCCUGGGGCAGUACUAAUAUGGCUAGCUUGGCCCAAUAGAUGUACGCAAAAAAUCCAGCUCAGAGCCAUAAGAUCGGCAGCUAAAGCUGGGCUGAUUAAUCCUCAUUGGUGUACUUCACUUAUUAGAAAGGAACAGUGGACACCCAGGCACCCAGCACAUUUCUCGCUUGAUAGCAAUUGAGCAAGGGUAAGUUGGAAGUGGCGGGAAGGGGGCCAGAUUACACAUAAGGCUCCUGUGUGCCAUCUUACUUCCAAAGCCAGCUUCUGUCUUUAUCCCUACUUUUGCACCUUGUCCCAUUUUUUUACAGCUUCCGCUUACCUUUAGGAAAAGGUCAUCGUAGAAGAUGAAAUAAAUGAGAAAACAGAUUAAAGGGUUCCAUUCCACCUCCCUGCAUCUGUGUGCGAGCCUGAGUAUGCAGCUGUGAGUGUAUAAUUGUGUACCUGUACGUCUGACUGGAUGACUGUGCACAUGUAUGUUUAUAAUAUUAUUUGCAUAACUUAGUGAUAAAAGCCAGGACAUAUGCACCAGAAACAGCAAUCAAUGUUUGUCCUUUUUAGUUUGACACUGAUUAAGAUUCUAUAGAUAUUUAUCUAGAGAGGUGGUUAUUUUAACACCAACUUAUCAAUUCUGACAAAAAAAUUUAUAAAAGUAAAAUUGGUUUGUUUUGUCUUAAGGAAAAGCUACAGAAUUUGCUUGUGACAAAAAAGCAAAGAAAGACAUGAUCCCUGCAUUCAUCAGAAAUGAUCCUCAAUCUGUGUAAUUUCCACUGAAAAUCGAAACACCUUAUUCACAAAGUAAUCAAUGAAUGCAUGAUCGCAAUGAAUCUUGAUCACUUUGCAUGUGUUGACAUUACUGAAAAAAAACUUUCCUUUAUUGAAAAAACAGCCAAAUGAAAUAUCAGAGGUCGUCCAUCCAUCCCCAACGGGUACUUAUAUUAUUUAGGGUAUACAUAAGACUUCCGAUUACUGUGUUUUUUUAUAUAAUUUGGAAAUGUUAUAAUUGGAAUAAUUAUUGCUACCCAGAUUUGUUAGAUUUGAAAAGGUUAACCUCUCAAGCUUAUCUAUUUAUUAUGUUUUCACUCAAUUUUAAUUAUAGCAUUUAUUUUGUGUUGACAUAUACUUCUUCUUGUUUGUUUUUCAUGGUGUGAUUAAGCCACAUGCUGCUUAAGCAUGACAUAUUCAGCAAAUAUAUUUCAAUGGAUGUUUCCAUAUUUUUUAACAUUGUAAGUUUGAUUUCACACUUUUU